AGCACAGGUCGGUGGUGUCACUUAAAUGACUCGCGUGCGUGAGGCGGCGGCAUCAGCAGCAUCCUGAUCAAACAACAGCAGCACUGCCGCAACACUGAGCAGGUAAGCAGAGGCUCGAGGCUAAAUAUGUUUGUUUCUCCUAACAAUUCACAGAAUCUGAUAAAUUUAUCCAGUUAAAAGGUGUAAACUUUAGCCUUUCCACUUCUCUGUUUUCGGUGGACGUUAAAGACGCUGUCAGAGAGAGUCGCGCGGGAGCAGUUGGUUCGGCCAGUUGGCAGCAACAGCAAACUGUCUCUGAUGGCAGCUUGUUUGUUUUCAGCUUCACAGUAGGCGUCUCGUCUCUGGUCCUUUAAAAUAAUGACUAAGUCAUUCUCAAGCAGACGUGUCUUCUCCGUGUCUCAGAAUGAGCUGGAGGACAGGUUGUUUUUACGCUUAUUUGGUGUGUCACUGUAUGACUGUGAUGCUAAGCAGCAGAAAGUCCAAUAACCAGGACGCUAACGCCCGGGCUGUUGUUUUCUGUUAUACGUGGUUUCAGAUAUCCAUCCUUUAAUUUUCUGUUUGCCUGCUCCCAUUGUACCAUGCAGAAUUGCUUAGUUCAACAGGAUACUUGCUCGAUCUGCUUUUAAAGAUAGUUUCAACUCCUCUCCAAACGGUGGUUAUAAUAAAAGUCUUGAACAGUGGUAGUUUUAGAGUUGCCAACAGAUAUUUAUUAAUUUAAUGUUUUAUAUAUUUUACAUGUACAGCCCUCUGAAAAUACAUGAUGGAUUUUUAAAUAUCUAAUCAAAGUUAUGCAAAUUUUUCAACAAGGCUGUAUCAAAUAUCUAUCUAUCUAUCUAUCUAUCUAUCUAUCUAUCUAUCUAUCUAUCUAUCUAUCUGUCUUUAUGGAAAGAGAAAGGUCAAAAUGCUGCAUCAGCUUUCUCCACGCUGCCAGGCAAAGACAUCCUAUGUUAUUUCUUUAUCUUCAUUAACUUUUACUUUGUCUAAAACAAGUCAAAUUCAAAACUGUAACACCACUGAAAUCAUCUUCAAGAUCGCCUGUCAUGUGAAAGUUAAAAGACUUUGAAGUACCCACAGCUUGCUAAAAAACCAAAACAUCACAAAGAGAACCUUGGUGAGCUCAGUUGGGGCUAUCUCUGUAUCUAGAAUCUUAGAAAUUAUGUAAGAUCAUUGCUACAGGGAUUUAGAUUUUAAAAAGGUUUCUUUUGGGGUUUUAGCAAUAACCAGGCGUGGCACAGCACCUGCUCAAUUGUGGGAGUUUCAUGUUUUUCUUCCAGAGUCAUCGUUCAUUUCAUUAAAGAUAGUUUGAGAUUAAUUUACCAAAUGAACUUUAUGGUUUUUUCAUUCCGAAAUAGCAUUUCCCUGCCCCGUGGCAAGUUGCCUUUGGAACCACCUCACUGCAUCUCAAGGAGUUUUUCCUCACAUGAUCAGCCUACCAUUUGCUCCUCAUUAGAUCGGUGCCAUGUGAAGCAGUCAAACAAGGCCUUACUUUGUUAAGUGUAGCUAUUUUUGAAAGUUUGUAGUUGUCCUUGGUGGAUAAAUGCUUAAUUACGACAAGGUAUCCUGACUAAGCUCCUGGGUGUAAUUCCACUUUCCACAUCACAUUUACCUGUAAGCUACUUUAACCAAGGGGUCCCAGGGUCAUCAGAUCACAACGUAGUUAUGCUUGAAUGGUGAGGUAAUGUUUUGUCUGCUUUAUUGAAUAAAUAACCUUUUUAUGAUAGCAUGGGGAGUCUUUAUUAGAGAGUUUGGGUUGUUCUCCUGUGUUUACUGGAGAGGCCUGCCUUGCUGUAGAAAAAACUUGUCCUUUAAGAAAAGCCAAAUGGGCAACAAAUGACAGCUUUCACUUUCCUCUUUCCCUUUUGAUUAUGCCAGGAGAAAAGAAACUUCAAAUAACUGCAGUGCACCAGUCAUUUAUAUGGCAGACACAGUGAGUGCUGUUUGUAGCUAAUUACACCCUUUGUUUUCCCCAUGGUUUAACAGUAAAAGGGAGAAUUUGGUAUAAAUAUGUCUCAGUGCUGUGUUCAGAAUAUUGGUAGGCUAUUCUUGACAUAAGAGAAGCAUCAUGGCAUCCGUGUCUGUGACCAAUGUGAUAAGAAACUGUCUGAUUAUAGCACUGGGGGGAGUGGAUGUAGCUUUUGGUUUCAAAAGUGAGGUCAUUAGGGAAGUGCCUUAAAACUGUUGUUCUCUAAUGACGAGCAAGGGGCGACUCCACUGACUGAAAAAAAUAUAUAUGUAAAAUGGAAACGGCAGCUUUGUCUUAAUUCAGAAGCUGCAUCCUUGAAGAGUGCAUGUCAACACUGCAUUACACCAGCGCAUUCUUCAACGGCUGCCUCUAAUGCAUUUUAACCCCUAGCAGGCAUUACUAAUCGACUACUAGUCACCGUAAUAGUGAAUGUUUUGUAGAGAAAUGGAAAAAAGGUCACACCACAACAGUUACAGUAAAUGGAGAAGUGAUUCAUCUUUACAUACUGUAUGUUACAGAGUUAGGUAACUGUAUACAGCAGGGAAAGUUACAUAAAGACUCUUAAGGUCCUUUCACACCAGGACCGUUUUUUUGGUGCGAUUAUUUUGGACGUCAUAUUUUUUUUCAAACCCGUAUCCUGUCAAUACAAGCGUUCACAUCAGCGACGUUUUCCUGCCCUGCGAUAUUGCGGCAUUUAUUUUUUUGGAUCAUGGUCAAUUUUUUAAGUUUUGCAUACUGUGUGUCCGAAUCUGACCAAUCAGGUUGCGCGUUGUUGCAACAUCAGAUUCACUGGUAUAUCCAACAUGGCUGAUCGGCUGAUUGUUUAUGUGUCAGAGAACAGAGUGCUUUUUGACAAAAGACACAAACAUUACAAAGAUAACGACCUGAAGGACAACUUGUGAGGAGUCAUAGCGUCGGAUUUCUCAUAUGAUGAUGGUUUGUGAGCUUUAACAGUUUGCUAAAACGGCUUUGUUUUAACUUUCAUUUGUGCUAGCUUAAGCUAACGGUUGUUACCAUAGUUUCAUGUGCUUAUCUUGUCGCCUCUGAUUGGCUAUAAGUCCUGACCGUUUGGCCUGAGCGUGGGAUGACGUUUCCAGCUUUUCUAUCCCGAGAUGCGUCUUUUUCCCCUGGAAAGUUGCAAAAUCACAUCGGGCUUGAUGUGUAUAGUCAGGUGCGUCAAAAUUCGCCUCUGAAUAUUUCGUAUUUUUGUGUUUUAUAUUUGUGUUAGCCCCGGUGUGUAAGGACCUUUAAACUUAGAAAGUAAACAUUUGAGUGUUGAUGCCAUGACUCUGAUGGAGACCAUCUCCAAUGGCCCUUUCUGUGGACUUACACUUCACAUGUCCUUGAAAAGCCGAGAUCAGUGAAUCCCCCUCCUUUUUUCUCUCAUCCUCUGUUCAAGUCAUUAUCCAGGCAGUUCCUAUCACUGGCUCGCUAUAAAUAGCCAGGGGUAAGGUGGGGAGCACUGUAGUCUAGUUGCACGGCGUUGGUAUGGCUUGUUUUGUGUUUUGACAGAGAAUUAUAACUGGUGAGCUGUUUAACCAUUCUGUUCGAUGUGGAGAAAUGAAAUCACUCAAAAUGAAACCUGAGGUCUCCCGUCAUGGCAACCCAACCAAGAGUACAAGCUGCUACGAGCACUGCAAGCAAAGGUGUCCUGGAUUAACCUUGAUGCACAGAGUCUGUGUGUAGAAAACUAGCAGCAGUGAUGGCAUCUUUUAUCCAGAUGCUUUCACUGACAUAUGAAAUGAAUCAGAGUGGGGGUGGGGUAGAAAGAUUUGAAGUGACCUUGUCCAGCUGUCAUAUGAAGGGUGAAAGAGAUACAGCACUGAUGAGGUCCUUCAGGUUGUGUUUCAGAUGCUAGCUUCUCAUCAAAAAUACCCUGAUGAUAAAUUGGCUGUCGAGUUACGAUAUUGACAGGAAAACCACCACAAUGGUGAUUUGAAGGCUCAGUGUAUGUGCAAUUAGUUGAUCAGUACUGCUCAAAAUGUCGCUUCGGUCUUUACACAAACCAGUAGGCAUUGGGACCUGACAGUGUUGGAGCUGUUCGUUUGUUUACUAAAAGGGUUUGAUCAGUUUCCAGGCAGCUACUCCCCUCUUUGGUUUGAUAUGUGUGCAGUGUUAACUGCAGCCCUUUCAGCCUCUAGCACUCCAAUGUAACAGGCGACAAAGAUGCUUUUGAAAUGUUAAACAGUUUUGAAGAGAGAUAAUUACAAGUAUGAGGAGGACAUCUCUCAUUUAGUCAUAGGAGCAAAACAAACACUUGGAUUUGUAUGUUUAUCCUACAUGUAAAGAGUGUGUUCAUCUUUGAUUUGUGUGUUGGUUGUUUAUGAAUCCAGUGUCCAAACUGCAGGAAUAAAUGUCCGUGGGGGGUGUGAAGACCCUCGUGGUGCAGUCUGACAAUGAGCCAGGGGGACUCAAAAGAGAAAGAGGGAUGUUUAGCAGGAAACUUUGUUUUGGAUUUAGUAAUGGGAUACCCAUCCUAACAAAAAAAUGCACUUUGCUUUCAACAUUAGUAAACCUGCGGGCUGUCCUCCUCGUGCUGCAGGUGAGCCAAUACUAGGGGUGGGAGAAAAAAUCGAUAUAGCAUGGUAUCGCAAUAUUUUUGUCUGGUGAUAUAUCGUAUCUCAUCGAUUUUUUCAAAUUAAUUGCUAACAUGGAGUCAAAUCUAUGAUAAUGGAAAAUUAAAGUCAACUGUUUGUCCAGUGAGGUUGGCAGAGGUGACAUCAUAGAGCAGGAGAAAGUUAGUACAACAAAUAUAUAAAAGGUUAGCAAGAUGUGCUACAUGAAAAUAAAAUACAGUGUAAAUAAGACAAACAUAAAGGUAAGACAAAUGCUAAAUUAGCUAACAGUUGAAAAAAAUUGUAUAAAUCGUAAUAUAUAUUGUUUGGCAAUACUCACUGUAUUGUAAAAUGUUAAAAAUCGCAAUAAUAUCAUAUCAUGGCCCAAGUAUCGUGGUAUAUCGUACAGUGGGGCCACUAGUGAUUCCCACCACAAGUCAACACGUGCUGAUUAACUGACUAAAGUUAUGACCAGUUGUCAUCGUGAAACAGUGUAGAGUUGAGUUACGUUAGUUAUAUUUUGGCAGGUUGGUUUUUUGAUGGGUAUCUGAUCCAUGAAAGGGUUUAAUUUUGCAAGUGCAUCUUAUUUUAUAACAGUUAGUAGUCACUUACUGACUAAGAUGGAAUUUACCUUAUCUUUAAACAAACUCAUGAUAAGAUAGAGCAUUUCCUGCCAGCUGUUUGUCAAAGUCGGGUAAUUUAGGUCAAUGAGUGUCAGCUGUGAACAGACUGUGUGCUGGCACAUGAAGAGAACAUUUGGUAUAGAGGCUGUCAGAUGAAACCAUAUAGGAUGAAUGGUUAGAUGGUCACGAUGUGUUGCUUAAACAAAUCAGUUCCAGAUGAGGCUCAGCAGGUUAUUGCGUGUUUAUUCAAAGUGAGUUGUGGAUAGGUGACAUGCAAAUACUGCCCGGGCUGAGGUUUGGUGUUGGGUAUGAUACCUAAGCAAUGGGUAGACUCCAUGAUUGUUGAGCAACACUAUUGUCAGUGGGGACCAGCACAGCAGGGUGGUCCGAUAACAAUCCAGAAAACAGCUCUUUAUUUAUAAAGUAUAUUUACCCAGACUUUUGGGCUAGUCCUCCAAGAAUAGUCCAGCUAAGCAAUCGUCACCAUGUAACUAGAUCAGCUCUAUCUUACUUCAGAGUGAGGAUCCUUGGAAAAACUAAUGUGGUCAGACACUCAUUUCUCUGCCUGGUGUGCAGAACACCGGACAGCUCACUUUCUCAUUCUCAGACACAGGGCUAAGCUCUCAGUGUGAGCUCAGAAGAAAGAGUUGUUAUCUGUCCUCAAGAGGCGAGGUCUGGUCUGAAUGGCACGUCCUUUUCUGCAGUGGAGGAGACUUUAAUUGAGGAGAUAAGAGGAGAACGACCGGGUAUGAGUACUGGCCUGGUACACAGUCAGUUGAUUAUGUAGAGGCUCCCUUAUUUUAAUACAAAUUGUGAGGCUGGUGUUCAUACAGUGUGAGCAGGUUGCAGCUAAUUUUGUGCUUUUAUAUGAACUCAUUACUUAGCUGUGCAGAGCCACAGAUGGCUCUAGUCCCUACAUCAUUGCUAGGCUACUUUCCUUCAGUAUUUUCUUCUUGGCAACAUCUACCAGAAAGAAGAGCAGUGGAGAAAAAUGAACAGCAUUGGUGCUGCAGUGAUUUCUGAGGUGUGAAGGAGGGUAACUCCUCGCAUCAUUCUUCCCUCCAGCUCUGAAACGUUCAGGAAACAGACUGCAUUCUUGACAGCAGUGGCUGACAGACAGUGGCUCCAAGGAAUGCCUGAAUUUCUGUAAAUGGGUCAUCUGGGCCACGUCAGAGGUAAAAAAGCAGAGGUGUUGUCUUUUCAUAUGAGUGUCAAGCUUCUUUCUCUCUCUCUCUUGAAGCCUGAGAAAGUACAGAGUCUUGUAAAUGCGUGAUGUGUAAGUCAACAACAAGAUAAACUCAUAUUUUAUUAGCCUUAUCAUCUUGGUGAACAGGAAAAUCAUGUUUACAAUGUGACGUUUUGAUGUGCAGGAGGAGUGUCAUUAAAAUAUUUGCUCAAUGGCUCAAAAAGAUCUGACCCAUUGUAAUCUCUUUUAGUGUCUCUCUAUGAACACGCCCACUGCGCACAUCAAAUAGUUCUCAUGCCUCAAGUCUGUGUACUUUGGCAAACUUAAAUGACACAGAAAGGAGGGAUUAAUCUUUUUAGGCUGAAUAGAAAUUCUAUUCUGUGGCACUAUUACUAUAAUGUCCCAUUGUGGAAACUCACUGGGCUAUGUCCAGGGUUUGUCUUUGUAAUCCCUGGCAGUUCUCAUGGAUGCUAUGCUAGUGUUUCUAUGGAAAUCCGCCUACUCACUGCUCAUGCAGCCAACCAGGCAGAUAGGAAAUGCGGCUCGGACCGUCUGUUUAUCAGAUCAGAACUUUGACACCAUCAGAGCAGGAAGUUCGGCCCUCGAGGGGGCCCGGCUCUGAGAAAGAUGAAACAGAGGAUGAAACCGAUAAAAUAUGCAUGAGGGCUGUAUCUAUUUCAGAUUCUACUACUGUAUGCCUGCUGCAGCCUGGACAGGGCAGUGUUUGGGGAGCUGAUGAACGGCUGUGAAUGCUGCAGAGGAAAAAUGUCAAUGCUUGUGUGUUCAUUUGUCAAAGAAAAAUUUUAACCAUUGGAAUUAUAAACAACAAACUAAAUUCACGUUAUUUUUAAUGCAAAAGCAUCAGACUAAUUUUUGCCCAUCAUACAUGAUUAUUUUGUAUGUGAAGUGUGUAACAAAGAUAUUUGCAGAGAUCACUUAUCAAUGGAAUAAAACAAAGGCUGUUUUUCUUGGUAAUUUGUAGAUUAAUUGAAAAGAUAAUGUUUGGAUUAAUGAAUAAAUGUCUAUUAUUUAGGGCUGGGCAAUUAACCGCAAAUUUACUGAUACCAAAAUUUACGACAAUAACCGCCAUUAUGUCAAUAUAUUCGGUGUCAAAAAAAUAAAUAAAUAAAAGAUGGUUUUGGAUGUGUGUAGGUAGGCUAUUGUCUCAUGUCCCUUUGAGACACUGUCCUACGCUAGAGACGUGACCCCACCCCAUCCAAUCCGUAACCAAUCGUCCAUUUAUUGUUACCGAGGUGAACUGCCUGAUAUAUCUGAUAUUGAUUUGAGGCCAUAGCGCCCAGCCCUACUAUUGUUAUAUGACAUGUUGCAGCUAAAAAGAGCUAGUACACUACACCACAACCUCCUGUAUGUCAUUUACAUGAUCAGGGAAUCACAAAAAAACAAGCAAACAAAGUCAAAGUUACAGAUGUCUCGAUCAGCCCUGAUCCCAAUCCAGUUUUUAAUAUUAUCUGCUGUAACAUAAUCUUGAUUUUGAUAUUUGUAUUUUCCUCAGUGAAUAGCAGCACAGGGUUUUUGUUAUUGUUAUCGACAUAAAAAUGGUUAAAGGAAACAAAAGUAACUAAAAAAUGUCCUAAACAUAUUCCUCUCAAUCGAGUUCAGCUAGUACUGCUGUAACUCCUUUCAGUCUCAAGCAUUAUUUUUCUCCUUUUUUACUUCUAUUUUCUCCACGACCUUGAUGAAAAUAUCAUCUGACCAGAGUCAUCAUAAUCUGGAAAGUGGGAGAAACAGUCUGAUGUGCAAAAGGUUCAGAGCUUAAAAAUGCUUACAGCAGCAACAUCAUGGUUUUUUUUUUUUCUCUGUUCUGUUUUUAUUGUGAAUUUUAUGGUUCACAUUUUCAGUCACAUAUCAAUUCACUAAUCUCAUCCGUUCAUCUGUCAAUUACAAUUGAACUGCACCAAAAUACCUCCACCAUUCCACUGACAAUACAGAGGGAUAAUUGGUCCUCCCUCAAUCACACAAAUGACGAAAUUAAAAAAAUAAAAAAAUUGAGAACUUAACUCCUUAGAACGAGAAUCCUGGGGUGAGGUUCUGUUUUACUAGCGAGAGAAAAGAUAUAUACUUUUUUUCAUAAGGGUUGAAAAAGAAAAACAUAGAUGAAAAAGGGAAAUGGAUAUAAGACCUGGUACUAGACAAACAAUGGAUGAAUGGGAGUGACAAAUCUAAUCCAUCUUUUCCAUCUUUUCAAAAACAGUCCCUGUUUUAGUCUCAUGAGCAACAUCAUGAGUGAAAAGGGAAAAGGGAAGGGAAAUUCAUUUGUCUGGAAUCUCAUGAAAAAUGUCUCUGGUACAGUUUCAUGGUGUCUGAGAUGUAGUGUCGAGAUGGCAGAACUUACGCACAUGGAUCCACCAGGAUAUUCAUCCCUUCUGUAAAGUCCAGAGUUUGUUGCUCCAGGGCAGUUGUCUUUUUCUCUGAUGCUUUGGGGACUUGUCGUACUCCAUUGCAUGUCUAGUUUGUCAGGCCCUAGUCUGCUUGAAUUUAGAAUACAACCCCUACUCCAAAAUAGUUUGGGUGCUGUAUGAAAAGGUGAUGAAAACAGAUUUUGAUGGUCUGCAAGCAUGUAAGGAUUUAAAUGUAUCUAAAAAGUGCUUGAACUUUGCCACCUGUACUGUGUGUGAACUGUAAAUAUCAGUGAGUCGGGUUUACAUGGUAAGCACUUAUGUCAAAAGUUUGUGAACUUUCUGUAUGUAUGCCAUAAAGCGAGCUGAACAAACUAUUGAUCUCUGUUUAGAUCAAAGGAGAUUAACAGCUCAGCACUUUACCGCUAGCUUUGCUUUCUUCACUCCUUGUUCAAAAAUAUGCUGAUUAGGCAUCAGCCCUCAUCUUCAGGCGAUUUAUUAUUCAAGUGGUGAGGAGUUUUUUCUGCUUUGGAUGAAAAGUAAAAUUAAGGUCUGGAAAGGGGUUCUGUUGGACUGUUUCUAUCAAUGAUUUGGUUCAGCCUGGUGAGCAAAACUACACAUAUCACUUGUGAACUCUUGCGUCCUAGGUGUGGGUUCAGAGUUUUCCAUUCCCAGGAUUGUAGUAAGAACAUAAAAAGUCUGUUCAUAUUCGGCUGUAGGUCUCUCACACACUCAACUGUGACAAAUUUUUACUGACAGCUGAAAAUGUGAAUGUCACACAUUUGCUGCAUUGUUAUGUGUGAAAUGAAGCUGCAACUUCCUCGAUACUGCUUUUAGGAAGGAGGUUUUAGCCCUGUUGCGCUUUAGUUUCACAUCCCUCCAGACUUAAGGGGAAACCCACAGGGAGAGCAGAGACUGUCUCACAGCAUGGAGCACAGAUUUAUCCCACACUCUUCCUGUUUCACUUUAGCUGAGAUAACUACUUUACAUGUGCAGUUUCCAAAAGACCCAGGUGCUGUGCAGAUGGUUCAGAGCUGCCAACGUGGUCAGGCACAAUUAAUACAUUAAUAUGUGCAUGUUGGCACAUAAAGUGUAUCCAUAUUGCACACAGGGUUCCUACACAAGUAUGGGAAGUAUGGAAUCAGAUUUGAUCAAUUUCCAGGUCUUAAAAAGUAUGGGCAAUGAAAAAUAAAGUAUGGUAAAAUAUUUAUGUUUCCAGACUAUUAAUACUGUUUCCAAGAAUAAUUCUAAAAAGAAGGGUAUGUAAAAGUAUGGAAAUUCCAACUAUGUAGGAACCCUCUAUAUUGCCAAUUUUACUUGUUUUUUUUUUUGUUUGUUUGUUUUUUUUUCAUUGACUUAUUUACUGAUUCCUUUCCCUGCCACUCAGCUAGUAGUGGACAUCGUUUCAGCAAUCAACAAGCUCUUUAUGAAAUACUCUUUGGCAGCACACUGGACAGUUUAUUGGUCAAAAUAAACGUAUCAACAUUUCAAUUUAUCAUCAUGAUUCAUGUUUCCACUGAUCGGCUACUCCAAAAACAGUUCUGUGCCACAUUUGGUUUUGGUGACGGGACAGAAAUAUCAACAAAAACAAAAAUAUUGAUGUCCGAAAUAAUCGCACGACAAAAACGGUCCCAGUGUGUAAGGACCUUAAAAAUGCUUCAACAUGAUAUGAAGUGGAGGAUCUACACAUGGAUAUUGAUUUCCCACCUUUUUGUCAUGAUCGACUCAAAUUAGGUUUGGUACAGGGUAAAUGGAUGAUAAUUUUCUUUUCAUGAUUGUUGUUAUUUUGAGUGCAAAAUAGGAAGUGUGCUCUUCACUGCUCACCUGACCCCAGGCAUACCUGGCAAUGAUCUGGAAAAUAAAUCUUGUUGUGUAUUUUUAUUUAUCUAUUUAUUAUCUUGCUUGGCUUGUGUCUCGGCCUGCUCCUCUUCCUGUUUCAUAUGAUUAGGCGCUGAAAUGGCAGGAUACUCAUAACUCUCUAAUUCUCUCUACAGUCAUAAAAACCAUCUGCUUCAAACUAACAUGGUAAUGUACACUGAAAGCUUUUCUUUUUUAUGAGGCAAGCGCUUAUCACAGACUCCAGUGACAUAAUGCUUAAAAAGAAAUCAGUACACAGCAGUAGACAUCUAUGAUCUGGUCAAAUAUGACUGAUUUGUUGAAGUUUUUGUGAGCUUUCUCCAUUUUUCACCAUUGGUUGUGUAAUCCAGAUAUCUGUCUGCACACAGUUGAAAAUGUGUUCCUGUCUUGUAUGACUGACCUCAAGUUUCAGUUUGUGUGGAGCUGUCAGUUUCGGAUGGUGUAAUGAUAAGGAAACCAGAGUAGAUCAUGGAAAAGUUGUAUUUUAAGCAACGCACUCAGCUGAAUCACCAUCACGGUACAAGUUGCUCCUUUUUUUCACAUGCAGUGUGUCUAUGUGUGUCUAUGUGGUGAGUCUGACUCACUGCUCUUUCCUGUGGAGGCAGGAAAGGGGAAGAGUUUGAGAGGCAGGCGGCACAUCAGAGCUUCAGCGUGCCUGCUCAUUGUUUUGUCUGAGAAGUGUGGCAUUCAGUGGUCGGUCCACUCGGCCUUUUGUAUCAAACAAUGACUGACAUCCCCUGACCCUACCUCUCAACCAUUCAGCCACAUAGCUUCUAGUUCCAUCAUUAUUUAUUUAAGCUAACGUUUGCUUCUAUUUCCUGUUUUCCUUUUACACUUCUGCUUUAAGUGUCGAGUUGUUUUCUCAGCUCAGGAUCUUGGCAGUAUGGAGUCGUGUUCCAGUUGGAAAUUCUUAGAUAUGUCUUCAUACGUAACUGUGCUGUUUUUUUGUCUGGGAAAAGGUCAGUAUACUGGUAAUUGCUGCUCUCUCAUUGUGAGUAAGUAGUAAGUGAGGUGAACAUAAAGUGAAUGAAGUGGUUCAUGGCUUUUUCUCCAAGGUCCUGUUCUAUAUUGGGGUUAUAUUGCUUGGCACAGUUGAACCCUUUGUAAAAUAGGGACUAAUACACUCAGACCUUUCUUUUUCAUUUGGUUUCACAGUCAUUCAGUCAGCCAGGAAUAAAACGGCAAUAUUUAAGUCUGAGUAAAUAUCUCUGUGUAGAAAAGAUUUUGUGAUGUCUCUUUUUCUCAGCUCUCUUCUUCCCUAGGACGUCUGCUCGAUGACUAAUGCCAACCCAAACAGAAGCCCUGCAUACUGGGUACUCAUACAACUCGCCAAGACUCUUACAUUUUUCUAAGUCACUUGACACUAUUACCAUUUCUUCUGCUCGGAAUCAGUAGUUGCUAUAGUGGCAGCCGUAUGCAUCCAUAGUAGCAGCACUUGUGUUGGACACUUUUUAGAGAAGUGAAAUAGAAUCAGUUUCUGGUCACACAACUUGAUUUGAUUUAGAAAUAAAUGAAAUAAUCACGUCUGUAAAAAGACUGGUGUAUCCUCUCAUAUCCAACCCAACUUUAAGAGUGAAUCGCAACUGUGUAGCUGUUUAGUAACAACUCCACUCAGCGACGUUCAACAUUUACAACCCCAAUGUAAAUUAUAUCCUGUCCAAAAUUAUUAAAAAUGAAUUUGAUAGUUUGCUAAUCAUUAAAAAUCUCUAUAUAAUUGAAGAAAGUGAAAGUAGGGAUGGGCGAUAAUGGGCUAAAAUUGAUAACGAUAAGAUUUGCCAUUCUGGUGAUAAAGAUAAAAGUCGUGAUAAAAAAUGUUAUAAUUCCAAUCUAUGUAUUUGACUCAUUUUGUCUUGAGGACACCAGUUGGAGUAAUCAAAGAUACUUAACCACAAGUUUGAGUGGUAGGUUAUGGAGAAAACUAACGACAUCAAACAAGUCUCAAAUGUGAAAACGUUUUCAACAUUUGUUGCUAACGAGCUGCUCAGAAACCUCUUCUUCAUUACCUUCGGCCAUGUUUGUUUGUUAUUCUGCUCUGUGUGGGCUAUGGCUGCGAGUCCAUUGCUUGCACUUACGCCAUCAACUUGCAUUUAUCGUAUUUAUCAUGAGAUGGCAAAGAUUUAUCAUGGAGGAUUUUUCUGACGAUAUAUUGUGAAUAAUAACGCCCAUCCCAAGUGAGAAGACAAUAUUUAAACGCUGUGAUUGAAAAAAGUUUAUUUUUUGUGAAAAAUGUUAAUUUGAAGUUUGACAACAGCACAUCAUUUCAGAGAGGUUAAGACAGACAGAGGCGUGUUUACCACUGUGAUCUAUCACCUCUUUGUUCAACUCGACUGCACACAUUUUUUAACCAAACUCACCAGUUUGUGGGGUUUAGAAAAUGAAAUUUCCACGUAUUCUUGCCUGUUAGGAUUUCAGCUGCUUGAAACUUUGGUGUCUUUUUUGGUUUUUUUUUAUGUUCAGUGAUGAGUAAAGUGUUUUAAGUUGAUGUAAAGUCAGGACUAUGGGCAUCCCCAAAUCAUCACAGAUGCUGGCCAGGCUGUGUAUCCCUUUUUUUCAGAGCAGAGGACACAGUGUCAUCGGCUUCUGAGAGUAAAUGUUGAAUUUUGAUUCACAGGACCAUAGUAGGGUUUUUUUAAUUUCUUUGUUUUAUUUUAAAUUAAAGGGUUGAGACGAUUUGUAAACCAUCAAGAUCAGUUUUUAUCAGCAUGUUUCACAGCCCACGACAUUUUUUUAAAAUCAAGGUUAUUUAUAUCCUAAAAGAUGUAUUUAUAUCAAUUUUUUCCCCAUAAGAUUUGUUUGGGGACUUUUGCCUUAAUCUGGACAGUGCAGACAUAACCAUAGUAGGGAAUGGAGGGAGAGAGCUGAGAAGAACAUGCUAGAAAGCAGCCAUGGGCUGGACACAAACCACAAGGCCAGCAGCACCUCUGUAUCCAAAAUGUGGUUCUUCUGUUAUCAUCCCAUUACUUUGUAUACCUAGCCUAAGGUGCCUUUAUAUUUGGUGAACUUUCCACAGCUACUCUCCAGGGAUGAGUUAGACUACUCCUGUGUUUUAUUUUAGGAGGAAGACAUUGUUUUGAAAGAGUCCCAUCAGGUAUAUGUGUUCUGCACUGCAGCCAUCCAUGAAGGAGGGUUAGGACAGAAAUAGAAAGCAAGGUCAUAUAUGACCUCUGUUUCUCUACAGAUGCCUUAUAUUCUGCUUUCACAGGGAAAAUGUGUAAAAAUAGAAGAGUUUUAAGAUUUUUUUUUAGCACUUUAUUAAAAAGCACAGAGGAAGAGAGUCAGGAAGUAUGGGGAGUGAAAACAACAAAGGACAGAGGCCAGGGUUGGAGUGAAACUCGUGGUAAUACAGUAAGGACUCUGCCUCUCUGCACAGUCAGUGGGUGUGGUCGGUGAUUCUGGGCUACAUGAAAAUAUAUCAGUGUGGGCCUUGCUAUUUUAUUACCGCAAACGUUUGAGCUCCUGUCAGUCAUGAGCGUUUAAGGGAAGUCGUCCUAAAUUUUUACCCCUGGAUAGAAACAAAGUACCUGUAUUUCAAAAUUUCAACAAAUACUCUUUAUCAUCCACAUUAUUCUUGGUUUUCUUUCUGUCCUCUGCAACUGUGCAGUGUCGCCAAACUGACACAAAUUAAUUUCUGGGUCUCUCUCUGGUGAGCAUCUAUUGUCUGAUUUAGAGGCCAGUUGCUGUGAAUACAGGGCACGUGUAUCCAAGGUUUCAUCAGACUGGUGACGUGAUUUUGAAUGCUUGGUCUUAGUGUGUGAUGUGUUCUCAUAAAACAUGAGAAUAAUGGUGUGUUUUAAUGACAUUUAACAAGAGUUAGUGGCUGCCGGCGCCAUCAUUACCCCGUUAAUAGAGAAAAAGAAGUGAAAGACUCCAAAAUCAGGCACUCAAAUCUGUGUCAGCAGCAUCAUUAUGUGAAACAGCACACAGAGGCUACAAAGCAUUCUGAACUGUUUCUCAACUCUAUGCAGCGUCCUUUUAAAAAGCAGUUUCUGUGCUGGUGUAGGGGUGUGGUCAGACCAAGUUCCUCAGUCAACCACCCACCACAAACUGAAGCCUGCUUCAUGCAGGACUAGAGCGCAGUUCUUUCCCUGCCCACAAACUCCAUGGCUGUGGCAUGCUCUACGUUGUGGGAUCCAAAUUAGACUAGAAUGGUAGAGCAUAAAAUGCAGACCCCUCCACAAAUGAUCCACCCUCACAUUAAGAAGUGUUUGUGAGACAAAGACUGGCUUUGUCAGGGUUGGUAACUGUUGUCUGUGUCCAAACAGCCCACAGAUCCCUUUGGGAGUGAAGCUCUCAAGACAAUGUCAUUGAUCAAUCCUUGUUUUUCUGACUCUUAAGCAGGUCACAUGACAGGAAUUGGAUAGAGUGAGCAAAAUUUUCACUGAGACAGCACAGGUACUUGCUUUUCACAGCUGUGGUUAAUUCAGAAACACAAUGGAGCAGUUGAGUCUCAGCCACAAACCACAAGCACACAUGGUCCCAGGUUCCCAUUGGAAGCAGUGUCCGAGGAUCAAAGUGCAGACACCUGCAUUACAGCGGUGUGGGUCCAGGACUAUCCACCCAUGAUACAAAUCAUUACUCUUAUUCUGACAGUGUUUGUUCCAGUGGUUUAAAUGCCACAUGUUGGAAGAUUGUUCCUCCUCCUCCUCCUCCUCCUCUUCCUGGACCACUCUCCCAUUCUUGCUGUCUGUUCCUCGUGAGUGAGGGAAAAUCUGGAAAAACUGAGAGUGGAGAAAAACAUGCUCACAGUUGAGAGUCUGAUGCUUCCUUUUAGUGUGUGAGAGUGAAAGAGGCAACAGCACACAGUUGCAGCCUGCAGUACUUCCUCAUCCUGAGUGCUGUUUUGAAACAGAAAGCCGUUGAUCCUUCUCUUUCGGCCUCAGACUCUGUACAGCUCAGCAAAGGACGAGUAUUUUGGUCAGUUGUGCUUGAGGGCUCUCAGGCAGAGGGCAGGCUGUAGGACAGCGUCCAGGACACGUGAGUAAACUGCACCACUGUUUUUUCUUUUGCUCUGACAUCAAUUUUUCAUCACCACAUUUCUCAUCAUGACUCACUUGUGUGAAGAGGAAUUGUGAUAAGUUGUUUUAUAUUCAGUCAUUGUGUCACAGAUUUACAGAGCUUACACUGGAUAGAGAUGUCACUGGCUGCUGUCAGAAAAAAAUAAAAAAUUGCAAUUGGAAAACAGCUUUUCUUACAUCAUUACAAAAGAAGAAGUGACAGAGAACAUCUAUAAACAAUAUUUUUGUUUUUUAUAUUUGGGUCAAUAACCCAGAGUACACACUAUGAAGUGAAUGUGACCAAAGCUCAUUUUGUAACCUGUGAUGCCAGAGUAGUAUUUGGCCAACCAGAAGUUUCUGUUGUUAGUCUAAUGAUAUACUUAAAGUAUGUUAAGGUGUAAGUUGAGCUUUUUGAAGCAAAGUGCAGAUCAAUGAGUCAGGCAGGAAAGAACAGAGAGGAUAUGAUGACAUACUGAGAAGUGCAGCUUUUAUUCUAUUUUCUACGUUCUUUCCGGUGCUUUGGACAUGCCUCUUAUUUGAGUCAUACACAGGUGUUGGUUUUUAUGCUUGUUUGUAGGUCAGCAUAAUUCUGUGAUACAGUCGGUAAAGUCAAAAUUUUGAUUGGUGUGGUAUAAUGGUAAAGAAAUACUAACAUUCAGCAUUGCUAAAAAGGCUUUACUUGGUCAUAUUUUGUGGUGUUCUGCUGUGUUGGAUUUUUGUUUGUUACUCUGUAUAGACAGAAUUAUGAAUAUUGAUUGAGCAAAGCAUUGCUGUCACACCUGAGAGCUCUUGGAUUAAUUAGGAGCCACCAUUAACAACGGCUAUUGCAGCAAUGUCUUCACAGGGCAGCAGUUUCCUCAUCUGGUGGAUAGUUUUUUUGUUUUCAGUUGCACAGACAGGAUGUUUGUUCUUCUGCAUGCUUUCUAUUGAUGGGUUGAGGCAUUCAAAGAAUUGUUUUUAAAGUGAGGUUGCAUGAGGUACUUAGCAAAUGCAAGUGCAUUAUCCACAGAGGAACCUGGUUGGCUCUGUCCCUUUGUUGAGAAACAGCCCAGAGAGAACCAGAAAUGAAGCUCGGCUAUCAACAGCCACAUAGGGAGUUAACUCUAGCAUGUAAUGAGUUUAGCUAAUUUUAAGAAACUCUGGCCCAACACCGACAUCGAUGUAAGGGUUUGCUGUAAAACAACAGUGAUCAGUAAGGUGAGUGAUGGAUGGUGAGUGAUGCAGACUACAGUCAUGUCUAAGCCACCAGUAUCCUCUGAUUCAGAAAGGUCCUGAAGCACUGCUAUUACCAAGUCCCACUGAUGACGUUAGUAGGUCUCCUGGUUUGUAGGCAUGGGCUCACAGUUUACACAUCUGCACCACCAGGUAACUUGUCUUGUUCAGUCUCACUCCUCCCCAGUAAUCUCUGCUGUGUAAGGUCAACCCUACUGUCUCCACAGUAUUUGGCAUGUCAUACUUUCGGUUGGAAUUACUCAUCUUUUUAAGUCUUUUCCAAACUUGCAGUGAAUGACAGCAGAUAGGGCUGGGUGAUAUGGCCUCAAAUCAAUGUUACAAUAUAUUGAGCAGUUCACCUUGAUAAUGAUAAAUGGACGAUAACUACUCCUCAAGCUGCUCGCUCCUCUUUGUUACAGACUAGAUGGGGUGGAAACACGUCUCUGACGUAGGACAGUGUCUUAAAGGGAUAUGAGACUAUAGCCUAGUGCGACACAUCCGAAACCAACUUUUAUUCAUUAAUUCAUUUAUUUGACACAGAAUAUACCGAUAUGGGAAAAAUGACACCGGUUAUUGUCGUAAAUUUCGGUAUCGGUAAAUUUUCAGUUUAUCACCCAGCCCUAACAGCAGAGUAGAGGAGGUAAAGCUGAUUAUUUUAACCAAAUUUGCACUCAAACUAAAGGUCCUUACACACCUGGGCAGACGCGAAUAUAGAACGUGAAAUUACGGAAUAUUCUGAGGCGAAUUUUAACGGGCCUGACUAUUCAAGCCUGAUGUGAUUUUGCGACUUUCCCGGGGGAAAAAAGACGUGUCCCGGGUGGAAGCGAGAAGACUGACACAACACUAGACUGACUGUUUUUCAGUUCUGAUUAGACACUAGUGUUGAGAUGGCUGUCUGUCAUGAUAGCAUGUACUGAGUCGGGGCCAUGACCAGAUAAGCACAUUAAACUAUAAUCCAUAAACGUAAGGUAACAACUGAGACUUAAUGGUGCUGUGACAGCAACGCGAUUGAGUUUGAGACAGUGAAAAUACAUAUGGUAUGUCGUAUCUGAACAGGUUAGCUUAUGAGCUAAAGUUACUUAGCACAGAUGAAAGUUAAAACAAAGAUGUUUAGCAAACUGUUAAAGCACACAAACUAUCAUUAUAUGAGAAAUCCGACACUAUGACUCUCCACAAGUUAUCCCUCAGGUCGUUAUCUUUGUAAUAUUUGUGUUUUUUAUCAAAAAGCACUCUGUUCUCCAACACGUAAACAAUUAACCGGUCAGCCAUGCUGGAUAUAUUGGUGAAUCUGACGUCGCAACAACACGCAAUCUGAUUGGUCAGAAGUGGACACUCAGUAUGCGAAACUUUAGAAAAAUCAACCAUGAUCUGAAAAAUAAAUGCCGCAAUAUCACAGGACGGGAAAAUGCUGCUGAUGUGAACGCUUGUAUUGACAGGAUACAGGUUCGAAAAAAAUAUUUGCAUCCGAAAUAAUCGCACGACAAAAACGGUCCCAGUGUGAAAGGACCUUAACUCUGAUGUUUGGGUCCAGCUGUUUUAAAAUGAGCAAAAUUAUGUCAGCAGCAGCAGUACCAUAUCGGUGUCAGUUCUCAUCAAAGAAGCUGAGCUGACCAAGAUCCCUUUUUAGGUUAUACACUUACAACUGACAAGUACCUCACGUUUCAACUGUUUAAAACACAAACAGCCAAGCAGAACUUUGGAAGUGUGGGACACUGUUUGUUCAGUAGUGUAACAGGGAAACCUGAACUUGGGGUCAAAAAAUGGUCAGGAUUGGUUUACUAGGACUUCCCAACAUGAUCUGAGGAGAUUUGUGGUUGUGGCCUCUCGAGUCUGCCAAGCUUCAUAUUGGUGCGAUGAAUGUGUAUGUAAGAUGGUAUUUCCUCUGGAACAUAUAGUGGGUUUGGGUUAGUGAGGAGUAAUUAUUGGUUUUGCAUGAACAGCUGUGCCCACUUUUGCUGGGCAGCAGAACUCCUGCAGGUUGAACCUCGAAAUGAUUAUACAUGCGGACCUCUUUGGGUAAAAAUAAAGACAAGGCUUAUUCAUUAUACUAAAACUGCUGGAUCAGUCUGUCAAACAAAAGGAGAAAUAUAGGAGGUAUAUAUAGAAGAUCUAACUUGAACUGAAACUGCAUGUUUCAAUCGAAGAACCAGUGUGUACUGGAUCGGUACUGGUCUGAUGUGAGGAGCUAUUCUACAUUACAUAAGAGUGUUCAUCUUCCCUGUGAGAUGAACUCACGUUGUCUGCUCCCUCAGGGUUGUAUCAGAUCAGAUGGUGUUAGAGAAACUGUUUCAUCCAGGACCAAAGUGAUGAUAGUUCACUGUGAUUCUAAGUUCAUUCUUCUUAUCUCCUCUCAGCACUCCUCUCCAACAACAACAACCAACGUCUCAGUCUCCUCCUCCACCCUGCCCCAUAUUCAGACCUUACAUUCAUCUCCCUGUGUUUGGCAGCGAUAUAAUUACAGAAAAUGUUAGCCUAUUACUUAUAGCUGCGGCGACUACAAAUUACAUUUGGUUUUUCUUAUUUGGCAUUUUGCAAAGUAAGAUUCAUUUUAACUUCAUACCAGCCUCAUUGACCCGUUUAGGCAAAUGUAUCGCAGUAUCAUCAUUAUACAUGUUUUGCCAGACUGUGCUGGUUACAGUGAAGUAAAAACCACAAUAUUUCUGUCAUUAUUAUUGAUAUUUGUUUUUAAAGUGUGCAAACUAUUUGUCUUUACUCUCCACUUCCUGGAGUUUAGUGUACAUUCUGCCUCUCAAAGACAUUUGAGUUUCUAACUAGGCCAGAGGGAAGUAAGUGGGACGCUCUCCUGGCUCCUGAGAAUCAUAUCUCUGCAGAGGAAUAUGGAGAGGUCAUGUUAGCAGAAUUUAGACCUGCACUGGACUCUAGAAGGUGAAAUAAACUGGAUUAGGUUAAAACUGCGGAGACUCUUCCUUUACAGGAGAUUCGCACUAUUAAAGGAAAAUCAGCGUUCUUCUCUGUGAGUUUCCUUAUUUUUGUUAAAAUAGAAACUGAUAUAAUCUCAUAGAGGACAAUUACAUCCUCAUUUUGGCAUCACUUCUCCAUUCAGCCCACGCAGAGGUCAGAGCAGAUGGAGAAGCAGGUCAAAUGUAUGCUUGGCAGUGAAUGCCUUGUAAAGUGAUCUAAAUGGAGGUGAGCCACUGCAGCUGAGACAGUAGAUUACCAGACCAGGCAGGAGUAAGUCACAGGAUCUUGCCUGGGGAGGACUUGGAGUCAUAUGAUGAUACAGCAGAGAGACACAAGUUCUCAUGUGAAUGGAAAACUUAUUUCAGACUGUGUUCUUAAUUAGAGAGCUCACUCACUCAGCACCCACAGGCAAGAGUUAGAAUAUAAUCAAGAGUUAGAAUAUCAUGUUACAAACUUGAUGUUAGGCCUGGGCGAUAUGGGCUCAAAUCAAUAUCCCGAUAUAUUGAGCAGUUCACCUCGAUAAUGAUAAAUGAACGAUAACAACCCCACAACCUGCUCGCCCCCCUCCCACAUUAACUUUGUCUACUUCAGCCACCGCUCCUGCCACUACAACUUUUAAACCGUCCUCCAUCUCCUCACCUGUCUGUCCCUCUUUGUUACAGACUGGAUGGGGUGGAGUCACGUCUCUGACAUAGGAUAACAUCUUAAAGGGAUAUGAGACCAUAGCCUACCUACACACAUCCAAAACCAACUUUUACACAUCAAAUAUACCGAUAUUGGCAAAAUGACGUUGGUAAUUGUCAUAAAUUUCAGUAUUGGUAAAUUUUUGGUUUAUCGCCCAGUCCUAUUUGAGGUCUUCUGCUUUGAAAACCUUACAGAUAUUCAACCUUCUCUUGUCCUUAUGUCUGUCAUGCUUAGUCAGUCAUCAAAACAUGAUUUCUGGGAGUUCAGCUAUUGACUAUCAGUUAUUUUUAGUGCAGCAGCAACAGUUGCAUUGCUCUGGGCUGUUGUCUGAACACAUGCAACAUUUCAGUGAUUCCAGCGUACAAAAUGAGUGUGGGUAGUUCAGAGCAGAAAGGAAAAUAAACAACACUCCCUGAUAGCCCAGUCCAGAGUUUACUGGUUUCCUGCUUACAGAGACUGGAGGGUUUACCCGCUAACAGCUCUGUGACUGUCAAACACAGAGGAUCAAGUUACCCUAACAACCCUGAUCAAUGACUUUGUGAUUCCUCUGGGAGAGACUGAGCUGUUUACCAGCUCACUCUCUCCUUGGUUAAGUGCACCACCACCUCCCUCCAUUUCCUGCAGUUACACUUUUCCAGGAUAAGUACAUUUCCUUCUGGUCAUCAAAUGCACACCUUUAACUGUCCCUGUAACCACAUCCUUCCUGUUGAAGAUGGAAAAGAAAGUGAUUGUUGUACCACUUUUGAGCCGCAUUUCUUACAGAGGACUGACAGUUAUGGCUCUGGCUGUCUACAUACCUCCUUCCAGAUCUGUGCAGAUAACAAAGUGUGGUGGUCAGUCUUGCUGGUUUGAACAAAUCAGAUAAAAUAUUUUUCCUCUCUCUCCUCCCUCUGGCAGGAAAUAUUUCAAUUGUGUUGCUACCAGAACAACCUUAGCUGCCCUCAGAGGAUCUCUUGGCUUGUAUACUUUGGAGCAGCUACAACUUGCCUCUGGACAGCGUUCACAUAUUCUGAUGAAAAGAAGGAAAUGUACCACAUGUUAUUCUUUUUCUCCUCUGACUUUAAUCUAGUUUGGGGAAAUUGAGGGAGGCUUUUGACCCACAACUACAACUAAUAUAAAAUGUUCCUAUUUUUAGUGUAUAAAAUACUGCAAAAAAAGAUUCGAUUGCAGUAGGGCUGGGUGAUAUGGGAAAAAAAUUUGUCAUGAUAUAUUUUUUCAUAUCAGUUGAUAUCAAUAUAUAUCACGAUAUAAAAAAUAAAAUUUGACAGUGCUUAUUGGUAGUAUGUCUUUUGCAAUACAAUAAGCUGCUGCAUCUGUGAGGUCUUUGUGUCUCUUUGAUGUUUUGUCGUAAAGCGUUGCGCUAGAGAAAGCGGACUGAAUGGUCAUUUGUUUCAGCUGCACAGGUGCCAUGGUCUCCUUGCUCCACUCGGGGUUAGUAACCUUUUGCAUUGCGCAUGCUCUGCUGCGUGGCACUGCUUCAGGUGCUGAAAAUAAUUUGAGGUAUUCCCUGACUUUGCGUGAACAUGUACUCAACAUAAUUUGCAGUGCACAUUACUCUGCUUCAUGUCUGACCUCAAAAAUACGAUAAACCUCCACACCACCGACGUCUUCGUGCCAGUGUUGUUGUCGAUGUCAUCAUCUGUUGAGCCUUCAUCUGCAUUUCUGCCGAGGGUAGCACUCAUUUUCUUUUUCUCUCACCGACAGUGCUGUGGGCCUCAUGUGUUAAAGUGCCAUGUAGCUGCAGCCUGCUACUACACAGUUGUUUGCUACUUGGUUCUAAUUUUAAUCCAAUCUAAUUGAUUAGUUCAGCGCAAAGUGGACCUGGAGCAACUCCCCUUUUCAUUGGCUAUUUGUAUAGCCUACCAAAACAUGGCAGAAUGCCCACUAUUGAAAAAGAUAUUGACUGUGUUUUAUAUUGGUAUAGAGGGAAAUUAAUUCUCAAUAUAUAUCAUUAUUGCUUUAUCGCCCAGCCCUAGAUUGCAGAAAUAUAGUCUGUUUUAUAUUACUUUGUUAUUGUUUUCCAUUGGUGGUUGUUUCCCCUUGAGAGUUAAUCCUCACAGCAACAAAGUGGACUGAUUCAGCUUUAGGCCAAAGUCAUCAUUUGUGGUCUUUACUGUUCUAUCAUGACAAAGUAUUAAUGUGUCAAUAAAGUCUAUUUAUAAAAAUGUUUCUGAGUAUUCAAGAGUAGGUUUCACACAGUUCCUCUCUUCUUGAUCUCAGAGUGAUUUUCUAAUAAGAUCAUGUUUUCAUUUUUUAGCAGCACUAACUGGCGCCUUUCAGGCUACAAAUAAUGUGACAUUGUGGUUAAAGAGAGCAGUCUUUAGUGAAUUAUACUGGGCAUCUGUUUUGGAAAUAUCAGCCCACCAUCUCCAGGAAAACGCUCUGCUGAACUGUAGUGAAUACACAGACACUUACAUGCUAGUUUUUGUAAAGGAAAAGUGUUGUUCACUGAUUUCCUUUUUUUGUUCCCUAUUUUUUUAAGAAUCUGUCCAAGUAUUCAGUUGACGGUUCUUCCUGACAGAAAACCGUAUUUAAACUUUAAACUUAUUUUAGCAACAAACAAUAGCCACAUCAGAGAAUAACAGUCCAGUAAUAUCCCCUCUUCUCUGGGUGUCUCAAAGGUGUAGUUAGUGGAGGCACAACCAUGAUGAAAACGGGCGCCACCAAGGGGGGGCUGCCCAAGCCAGGACUCCAGGAGCGGACCAAGCAGACCUCCUCGACCCUUUCUUCUUCCUCCACCACCUCCACAGCCAUGAAGACCUCAAGAUCCUCCAACAUGCUGGCGUCAGAGCAGCGCCUCAGCAGAGUGAGUCAUAAAUACACCACCAUAGUCCACAUUUACAUGAGUAAUGAUGUUGAUAAAAUCAAAAGAAAACAUUACAAACUGUUCAACAUUAUGAUCAGGAUAAACCAUGAGUUUUAAAGAAGACCCCCAUGUGUCAAAACUGCAGUAACAAGUGUUCCUCGCUGGGUCUAGACAAAACAACAAAAAACGAACAAAACAAGACAUUCAAUAUCACACAAUAGACAAUUGUUGGUACUAACAGUGGAUGUGUUUGUAGCUGAAAAGAGCGAGCAGUGAUGAUGCAUUGACGAAGCCUGCACUGGGGGCUGCUGCCUCUGGUUCCCGGAUGAAGAAGACUGUGACCACUGGAGCCAUAUCAGAUCUUCCUGAGGCCCGCCCUCGCAGCCAGUCCGGUAAGUGAUGAGCAGUUAUCUUCAGAUUUCUAAUUUUAGCGACUUGUUUUGUUUUUAAAAACUCAGUGUGUUGUCCAAAGACGAGACAAGAGAGAUGCUAUCUCUACAACUUUUGCAGAUGAUCUCUAAAUGUGUCAGAGUUUGGCCAGAUCAUUGUUGUGAAUACUGUUGAAAUACUGUCGUUAACCACUUGUGACCACAAGGGGGCCUCAGCUCACCACCAAAACUGCCUCCACAGCUCUCAGGUGCUUGCUGUGUGUCUGGUUUUCAGAGGGGCUUCCUUUACCCCUCUUCCUUUCUGUCUGGUCUGUUUUUUUCUGGUUUGCUUGGCACCGAUGAUGUGCAGGUGGCUGGGUACUGUGGUUUCUUAGUCUUUGGUCCAAAAUUGGGAGACUGAAUGCUUUCAUAGUCUGCUCCUCAGACAGCAUCUGCUCAUCCGUGUGAACAGCAGGCUAUGUUUUGGAUGACAAAUGAGGGAGAAGGGACUUUUGUUUAUAUCUACAGACAAGUGACAGAAAGAUUAUUUUGGUGAUGUUUUUCUCAUUGUCAUUUUAUUUUUGAUGUAUGGGUGUGUUUGUGUUUGUUUUAGGGAAAGUCAAUGAGGUGUUGAUAUACCAAUGUGUUUGUUUUGAUCAUAGGAAAUGAAGAGUGUAAAAGAUUAUGUUGAAGCUGAUGCUGGCUCAUUGAACAUCCUAUACUGAGUGAUUAAUCACAGGAUCCAGGAUUGAGUUAGAGGGUUUAUUUUCUCUUGUCUUCAGUGGAUGAUUUUUUUCUGUCCAGACAAUCAAAGACAUAGAAACAAGAUGUAUCAACAUAAGAUAUUUCAAUAAAGGGGGACUAAUAAAGUUAAAUGAAUUUGUAAAUUUGUUAACUUAGCUUACAUCAUAGAUGCAUCCACUUCAGGGCUUUAAAUCAUCAUUACAUUUGGGUUUAGUUUGACAGGAAUCCAAUAAAAUAAUAUUUGAGAAUAAACCAAAUUAGAAAUAAUACAUAUUAGGAGACUCCAACAAAAUUUUAGUAAGGCUUUGUCCAUUUUCACUCACAUUCAGACAACCUUUGUUCUGUGCUGAUCUUUGGUCAGGGUGUAAAAGGAAGAGCAGGCCUGAGGGCUGACUUUUAUGAUGUUGGGGGUGUGGCUUGGCUUUGAGUGACAGGGGGAGUCAGGUAUGGUGAUGGUGAGUUGAGAACUUGGGAUUUAACAAACAGUUUUGUACAUAACCCUUUUUUUAAAGUCUUCUGACCACUCAAGGUGCUUUAACAUCUCCUGUCACGUUCACCUUUUCACCCCACAUUCAUACACUGUUGGCAAAGACUUUAAAGCGCCCCUUAGUAAUUCUAGGAGUCCUCUGUGAUCGAUAAGUUCUGAAUCACAAGAUAUCAUGUGAAACACAGAGAAAAGGCCCAAAGCUUUGAAUGAAGAGAAGUUUUGUGAAAGGAGCUCUGUCAUGCCAUAAGAAAAAAUUGUUUACGCAUAAAUGAUCUCAGCUAAAAGCCCCACCUCUUCUCCUUAUCACAUACAAAUUUGAGAAUCUAAAUACAAAUACUACCUAUUUCUUGGUAAACACCUGCAUUCAAAAUGUUUACAGCCUAUUUUGACAAAGCUGUUUUAUCUGAUUUGUUUUUAAGUGAAUACAUUACUUCACAAAACUUUCUUUUCAUUAUCUAUUCUUUUCUGUCUUUCGCAUAGACUGUAUAUAGAAUGGACAGCGUCUGCCUUCUUGCUGGGUGAAGCCACCCCGAGAACAGCACCCUCUGUUGAUGGGCUGCAGUAUAGAGCGACCUUUGACAGAACAGUAAAAUAAGUACACAAGGGCGCCAUCUAGUGACAACAUUUAACAGGGGGAAAAUCCUGACUUUGAUGAAAUGAGCCAAUACCACAUUUGUUGGUUUGUUGACAACGACAGGCGUAAAUACAACUCUUCUUCUGAGGUUGUUUUAGCAAAAUCAGACAACUCUUUGCAUGUCCAAAUGCUUCUAAUCUGAAUAAAGCUUGCUGCAUAUAUACGCACUUCAUGACUGGAUUAUUUGAUUUCGCACCCAUAUAAACAGUGGAUUCAGAUUAUCUGAUCCCUCAAAUUUUUAAUCGGAUCAAGAAAUUUGGCCCAUGUAAACUUGGCUACUGUUUUGACCUAAUUUCAAUAUUGUUUGACUUAGCCUCUUGCCUGUCGAUUUGGAUACCUCUGCCUGUGCUUUUUUUGGAUCCUGGGUACCGACUCUUUUUUGAUUAAACGGACUUUGACUUCGCCAGCCUGUGAGUUUGCAUCUAGGUCUUCUUUUGGUUCAGGGUCACAGUAAUAGUCAUUGAAGUCAAGCUCCAUCCUGUGAGAUUUUUUUUAAAGUCAGCUGUUGGUGGUGACCUGUAAAGGUGUGACAGCUCAAGAACUGCACAGAAAACACACUGUGACACCAUGGACACACCUUGAUUUUUAGAGCUGUUGUGUUGCAUGUGAAAACCAAAGAAGACAAGAUGCUUGACUGAUUUACACCAUUUAGUAAUGAACCUCAGAGUAGGGCUGGACGAUAUGGGCUCAAAUCAAUAUCACAAUAUAUGAAGCAGUUCACCUUGAUAACAAUAAAUGGAUGAUAACUACUCCACAUGCUGCUUAAUCCCUCCCACAUUAACUUUGUCUACUUCAGCCACUGCUCCAGCUGCUACAACUUUUGAACCGUCCUCCUUUUCCUCACUUGUCUUUCCCUCUUUGUUAUGAACUGGGUGAGGUGGAGUCAUGUCUUCAACAUAGGACAGCGUCUUAAAGGGACAUAAGACCAUAGCCUAGCUACACACAUCCAAAACCAACUUUUGUUUAUUCAUUUUCUUGACACAGAAUGUAUUGACAUUGGCAAAAUGAUGUCGGUUAUUGUCGUAAAUUUCGGUAUCAGUAAAUUUUCGGUUUAUCACCCAGCCCUAGCUCAGAGUGUGAUGUUUCUACACACAUUGAUUAUAUAAGUCUGCAUUCUGCUGUUGUAGAUUUGAGGUCCAUCAUGCCACCCUUGUAAUUUUUUAGUAUUUGAGUAUCGCACACAUAAUUAGAUCAGCUGCCUUAGUCACAGAAAAUACUUAUCAGCAGAGUUCAGUCAUGGUCGACACUUCACAAGAACAUUUUCAUUAUCUGUUACCAUCUGUGCUGAUAUUGUGCUUUGUAUGGGCUGAGAAUAUUACUAGAUAAACAGAGCAGCCACAAAUAGAUACCAAAACAAGUAUAACAUUACAUGUAGGACAAAUAUGGCUGCAUAAUGAUGGGGAUUUGUUUGCAGUAAUUAAUGUUGUUCACAGCACAUCCUUGGAAAAUCCUCUGUGUGGGAGAAUGCUGUGUUUGUUUAUAGUGGCCCAUGCGCACAGUGUGUAGAUGCUGUGCUCCAGUGAAAUUCCUCUUCAAAGAGCUGUUGUGCUGAAGCGAUGAUAAUUGAAUCCUACUUGACAAAGGAGUCCAAAGGGGCAGAAAAACCACGGCCAAGUGAGGCUCUCGGUCCUUUCAAACACAAUUAGACCAUGAUCAGCUUUCACUGGAACAGGCUCUAAUUAACUAAGGUUUGGAUUUUCAGAGUGCUUUCACACCCAAGGAAAAGAGAAGCUUCCCACUUUGUACUCUUUAUAAUAAAUUCAUUACACUUCACGUCAUUUUCUGGCCUAGUUUUGUUUGCUCAUGUCUGGUAGCCAACCAGUGUUGAGGAGACAAAUGUGGUUCUUGGUCAUAAAACCGUCUUAAAAUGAGGCCAAAGCUUUGAUGCUGCAUCACUGCUCUGCUGUUGCUACAGUUUGCAUCAGACACAUCCUAUUUGUGAAAAACAUUUAACCCUUCAGUUUUUGGCUUGUUUUUAAAUCUGAUGGCUGAAUUUAGCAGCAUGUCUACAGACUACAGAGGCAACAUGGAGUUUUUUUUUAAUCUAAAAACAGAGCUAAGCUUACAGUCACUAAAUAAUUCACACUAUGCACCUGGUGAACCAUCAAUCAUUAUAGUUCCUGGCACAUCUAAUGUAAUACACUGAAAAGGCAGAAACACCAAGAUUUGCUCCUGCUCUACCUGAAAUUCCUAUCAAGCGCUCCAAAUUGUUUUGCAUCUGGGCUAGGACUUUGCACCAGUGCACAUCUAGAGCUAUAGAAAGAGACAAGGAAUGGACAUGUCAAACAGGUCUCAAAAAUUCAGCUAAUCAGCAGGCAGAAAAUCAAACCUGACACCUGAAAGAGCACUGAUGGUUAAUCAUGCACAGAGGAAGUGGCAAUCAUCAUUUAGCCUGUCACUCUCAAUUCUGACCUGAGACUUCAGCUGAAAUGGCCACACAGGAGAAAUGCCAGGAUUUGAAUACAGAUCAGGGUGGCGAUCUUUGGUAUUUCAGACUCAUCGAUGUUGAGAGGUAUUGCUCUGAAAUGCCAUGAUUGUUUGCAGUUACUAAAGGGAAAGUGAAGCUUCUGAACUGAGUGAAGUCUGCUUUUGGACAGAUAAUUUGCUUUAUGACAUAUCAUGAAAAGUAUAUUUACUGGAAUGGUCUGGAGCUGUGUCCCCAGACUUGUCUUCAUGAUAAUGUCACCCACAUGUGUCGUCAGCUCGGUCAUAACAGAUGAGCUUCGCUAUUCUUGAUGUGCGACAUUACACACUGACAAGAAGCAAUUAGGACUUACUUGGGCUCUAAGGCACACCGCAGCAGAACUGUCAUCAAAGACCCGUCAGGCAGUAAUUGAGUCUUUUCUCAGAGGCUGACCAAGUACAUUUUAUGACUCGACCAAGGAUGCAUGACAGAGUCUUAGAGAGUGUUGAACACAUAUUUUUAUUUGACUGUCAUUCAGUCAGACAGAUUUGUGAGCAACACACCAUCAUGUGUAACUCUCAAAUGUUGUUCCCUAUUUCUGUAUAAGAAAUACUGUUUAUUUAGGUUCAAAACUGCAUUUAAAUCCACAUUCAAUCAAGUGAAUUACUGCAAACGAAGUGCAGAAAAGGGACUUUCUUCAUAUGAAUCUACAUAUUUGUAUAUCAAAGUAUUUUUUUUCUUUUUGUGAUCAGUUUUUAUUGAAUUUAACUGAGAAAAGUAGAAAGGUGAAAGUCAGUGUUACAGCAAUGAAUAUAUUGAAUGAAGAUAUAUAUUCACAUAUACCCAUACUUAUAAAUCUAUAUAGAUACAUUAAAAAAAACCUAAAAUGAUAAAUGUAUAUGUAGAAAUAAAUAAAACAAUAGUAAAACAAAUAUACAAUAGGUUAAAUAAUAAUAAAUUACUUGUGCAUGGAACAAGAUCAAAUAAAUAAAUAAAUAAAAAUUACUACCCCAAACACAAACCACCCACCACCCCGGAUCCUAUAUUUAAGUAUUUUAAUGCUACUAGCGUUCUGCCUUUCGACACUAUUCCCUUUAAAUAUCAGCUUUGAGCUUUGAACUACAAAUGAUAGAGUAGUCCUUGUUUGGACAUGAUAGGCAUUUGCUUGUGUAGAGUAAAUAAGACAAGAUCCAAGCGCAUUAACAGUACUUUUGUCACACUAACAUCACAGUGGUUUUGAAGGCUGUCAAACCGCAAGAGUCCCUUGAAAAGAUCAUUAGACCCACACAAGUUCAUGUGACACACACACAUGCACAGUGAUGGCUUAAAGGGUCAGCUGAUCCCGCCCAUGCCUGCCCUCACAGCAUGAUGUACUAAUGAGUCAAAACUGUUUUUUUUACUAAUGGAGUUUUGUCUAUAUCCCAUUUGGCACUUAACCAGCUUACCGAUGCUGUCAGACAAUGGGUUAAAACCCAGCCUCAUCCUGAUGACUUAUUUAAAACACUUCAUCAAUAAUUCAGCAAAGCUUUCAGAAGGAGAGGAGUCCCUGUGGAGUGUGCGGCGAGAAGAGACAGAAGGAGAUAAGAUUGUGGAGCUCUAUAAAUAACAAGCUAGUAGGGGUGACUGCAGGGCAUAACUUUACAAAUGACCACUUCACUUAUAGGCACUUUCCUUCACCUCUGUUCAGUCAAUGCUUUCACAUUGAUUGUUAAGGUUUGGGUGAGAGAAGGUGAGCUGAACAUUAAUGUCUCCUCAUUGAGUUUCUUAAGAUUCACUGAAGUACACUUAACUUUUUCAAACACUUCAAGAGCCCCAGAUGCACUGCUUCAGCUUUAAUCCAGUUCUACUGGUACUUAAGCCUGUGCUGCAUUUUGCAACCACAUUUGCAAAAUACUCAGAGUUGAAAGGAGUAGUUCACAUUUUUAGCAUUGCUCUCGCUGCAGAUUAGGAUGUGUAAAUCUAGUGGUGGCUAAUGUAAUCUUACUGCAAGCCGAAGUGAGGAUGGAAAACAGACUACAGACGUCUGGUGAGCCCCUACCUUUUUCUUUUUACAGCUCAUGCUCACCAGCCCUAAAUGAUACCAACCCAAGUGACUACACAUGAGAUUGUCAAUGACUUUGUGCAGCUCACAUGAGAGCCUCAAAAAACUUUGUAUUCCCGGCACAUAAUGUCCCCUUGAGUGACAUGUGUCAAUGCAGCACUGUCACUUCAUAAAUCUUACUCAGCAAGCAAAUGAAAAUUAAUGAUCAAGACAUGCUUAUCACCAACAAGAGGCAUUUUAACGGCGCAGGUUUUACUUUUCUCUUCUUGUUACGUGAAGUUGGGUUUUGAUUACUUGAUGUUGUUAUUCCUUUUCUCUCCUCUCUGCUCAUGGUGUUGCAUCAAGGUGGUGUUGCAUCAAUUCCAGUCACAGAAACUUUUUGUGUGCUGGUUCCAGUUCUCAACUAAAAUUUUUAUUUCUGUUUGACUGACUGAUGGUGAUUUACCAAAGACGAUGUGUGAUUUCUGCUGUCAUUCCCCUGAUAUCCACUAACCAAAACACGGUACAGGCUUUUAAUUAACCUCCAUCCACCUCUACAUGGAAGGUCUGCUUUAGUGAGUGAUGAAGAUAAGGUUUCACUCAUGUGAAAGAUUUGCAAGCCCUAUACCAGAUGGCAUGACUUUGUACUCUCCAUUAAUCAGCUCCUAGCUGGUACCAUGUCCUCUUGACAAAGGAUGAAUGUAUGAUUCAAGUGUGAGGUGGCCUUAUUUAACAGUGACAGUGAAAGGUAAGCAGCAAAGAGAGACUGAGGUGGGCUAGGAAUAUUGUGGCCCCAGACUGUGUAUGAGUUUUCACGUGUACGACCUAGACUGUAGAGUCCAGACACCAAGAACAUGUGGUCCCAGCAGGCCCCUGUCUGUCUGUGUGUGAGAGAAAGGUUUGGCCCUUGAGCGCCUUAUAUCUGUCAGAUAAAUUAAUCAAACACGCCCCAGUCCACCGGGACACCUCAGACUGCAUAAGCAGUCAGCCAUGACAGACGCACACUGACAUGAACAGCACAAAGACGAAAGUUCAUGUACAUUCAGAAGGACACAUAUAUGCACUGAAAAUUACCCGCAUAUUUAUGAUUUAUAUCUUCCAUACUUCACUACAUUAUAUACAAACCUGCAUUAGUUAUAAAUACAGGUUCAAAGGAAUAUUGCAAACAGGAAUAGCUUCACACCCACUCACCACAGUGCUUCUAGAGGCAAGAAUUCACACUGUAUCAAAGCCUUUGGUGUCAACUCAGACGCACUUUGGGGUUUUUUAGUUUUUUGACCAAAGAUUAGGCAUCAAGCUCAAAACUUGCCUGAGAGGCUUGUGACCUCUGCAAGUGCCCUGAAAAUACAGAAUAGAGAGAAAAGGUCUUGCCAAAUCCUGAAGGAGUCCUGUUGGGCCCACAGAGAUGGACGUCCUGUGGUGAGGAGAACAUUCUUAGCUGGAUUAGAGGCAUGUUUGUUUACUCAAGUAGAUGUGCUGCUCCAACACGAGGAGAAGGGAGAAUAUCGUGAAAAGAGCAGGAAAUGUACCAACUGUUAUGCAACAUUCAUAAGAUAUGAAAAGGCUUGGAAGCAGCCGUGUACAGUAUGCUGCAAAGAGUUGAGUAUUCAGCCUGACGUGGGCAGAAUCGUGCAGCAAAGCAGACCAUCCUCGCAGUUAUUGGAGGGUUUUCAAAAGGUUUUUUUUUUUUUUUUUUUUAGACUGGAGUUAAAGAAUUUUGUGCCACAAAAAUGCAACACAAAGUUAAAAUGUACAUCCUUUUCUUUAUCCUGCUUUUUCACUUGAAUUGCCUCAUUUCUGUAGGUAGGGUAAAGAAAUAAACUAGUAGCUCCGAGCUUAUGCAACAAAGAAACUCAUCCAACUAAAAAUAUCUCUGCUUAUCUGUGUCAUGUAUGGCUUUAAAAAUUGAUGAUGCAGUGAGGAUAAAUUUUAAUACAGAUUUGUGCGAGUGCCCAACUUUUUUGGACCUGUACAGCACAGUGUACAGUGCCAGAGACUCUCUGAUAUUGUGAGACACUAUAAUGCCAUUGUUUCUGGACUUUUAUGAAGAAACAUUAAUUAUUUAUGGGCCAUCAAAAGAGGUUUAGGAGGAAUCAAUGGACAUCAGCUUUGAUAGAAAACAGCUGGCUGUAGUAAAUGAUCUAUAUAAAGCAUUAGACUACAUCCAACUUCUGUGGAAAUAAGAGCAUGGUAUAAGAGGUAUUACAAGACAAAGAUUAGGAAGCUACUUGAAAAAAUAGGUUCCAUUUGGUUAAAAUUUUAAAUAAUGAAUCACAUUUUUAAAGUGUAACUUAUGGUGUGCCACCUGGAUCAUUACUGGGACCCAAGUUAUUUAAAACUUCUUAAAAUUAUAUUCAUGGAGUUUCCAAUGAGUAGAAAUUUUGUUACAUUUGCAAAUAAUUCUAAUUUAUUUUGUCCUAGGAAGACAUAAAAAAUACUGAAAACACUGGAGCUGGAGUUAAAAUCAUAGUUUGUUAUAAAUAGGUUAUACUAAUAGAUAAAACUAAAUUAAAGGUUUUCAUUCGUGACAGGGUUAGCUUUGAAAUGAAACUUGUUUAAAAUGAAGUUUGAAUUGAACAUUUGAAAUACAAUUUGUGGGAGUCACUGUAGACCCUAAACUCUGUUUGAAAUCACACAUGGAAAUCUAUCUAUCCAUUUAUCCAUCUUUCACUUAGAGUAAUUUUGAGAAUCAGUUGAUGAGUUUGCCUGUUGUGUAAAAGAGGAGUUUCUUUUUCCUGUAUUUUGCUAAAAUAAAAAUCCAACAGGGGUUUCCAGGCAGUUGUCACAUUAGUUAACAAGUAUGUACAUAAAAAAUAAGAGAGGAAAAAAGCAAUCUGUCCUCAAACUCUGUAAAACCCCCAAAAACCUGGCUUAACGCCCACUUUUAAACCCAUAGAUGUACUCACAUUGACUCAUAAAUGCUGUUGUUCCAUACCGAGUGAACUCUGCAGAAACCCUUUUCUGGUAGACAGACAUUUUUUGUGGAGACUUUUGUAAGCGAUUUUUAUUCGUGAAGCUCGGUACAGCACACGAGACUUGGUGUGCAGUCCCAGCCUAUAAGUUCUUUUAACAGGCAAGACGAGAGCUGCACUGUCACCCUUUGCCAGAAAUACAAAUAGUUCCUUUCCUUUCCUCCUGCUCCUCUUUCCUUCCUUUUUUCCUCCACCCACUUUCUUUCUCUCUCUCUUCCAUCUCUUCCGGCUCUCUCUCUCUCCUACUCCCAGGCUCAUUUCAGUUCCAGUGAGAGGGAUGGUUCACACUAUUGUUUGCCUGGUACUGGUGAGAGUAAACUGGUUGGUAGUAGUGGGAGGAGGUGUGCUAAUGUGUGUGUGUUUGUAUGUGUGUGUAUGGCCUGGGAAGCCACUCCUCCUCUGAGCUGAUUCCAGUCAUCAGAGCAAUAAUGAAGUGCACACAACGCUGCCCGCCCGUCCGCCUGCCAGUGUGACAUACUGUCACUGUUCUGGAGGACAUGCACUCUCGCACACAUUCGCACACACUCGCAGUCUCUCACUGACAGCACAGGCAGCAGCCUGCCUCCUCACACAUGCUCACACACACUCACUCAGUCCUUGGAAGGAGUAGGGAAAAGAAGAGAGGACCAGAAGGAGGGAAGAAUAAGAGGAAUUUGUAUGCUUCUUAGGGUUUCCUCUUUAUGAGACUGACCGGUGAUUGUUGUUGGUACUGAACGGAGACAACAAUACAGACACUGACACGCACACACACCUCUCCCCCGCAGCCACGGAUUCUUGGAUUAGUCCGCCCCGGUGUGGAGAGUGGGAGUCGCGGAGCGGACCAACAUGGGGAACCAGGCGGGGAGGCAGGAAGAAACUGAGUCAGGUCUGCUUUUCUUGUUUUGUGGUUUUGUCUCAGCAUCACUUAUCCCUCUUUGUCUGUCUUUCUCUGUUAAUGCGAAAGGAGAAGUCACACGUUUGUUAAACACAAUGGAUGUGAGCUGAUUUUCUGUCAUGUCUGUCUGAGUACAUCUCAGACACGACAAGUCCUGACUAAUGAGUACUGACUAAGAUGUGACUGACUGAUGAGUCCUGAUUACUGUGCCCUGGAGUUAAAGAAGCUGUCCAGACGGGUUUGAAGUCAGCUGUUCUGCUUUGUUCUUGUGCCACUAUUUGUGAUCGACUGCAUGUGUAAUUAUGAAUCUGCUGUCUUGGGUUGAUAUCCUGUCAGUCUAGCUCCGUAAGUGUGUGUGUGUGUGCUUGCACCUGUGUGUAAAUAUAUUUUGGGAGUCAGGUGGGGGAAAGUGCUGAGUGAGAUGAGUCUGACAGUAAGCAUGAGGGAACCUGCCAGAGGAGUAUGAUGGUAUCAUCAGUCUCACGCUCACAUCCCUCCACAGCCUCGAGCUCACUGCGCCUCAGUGAGAUUUCCAUUUCAAAGUCCUCUCUGAACUGCACUCAGUAGCAACUUCACACUUAUCGAGAGACAGCCGAGCUCUUCCAUAUCUGCAUAACCUCAUUUUGUUGUUUUAUUAGCUAAAUGAGCCUUUGCAUCUUAUUAUUGGUGCACUUGUGUGUUGCUCUGGGUGUCUUUGUUUCUGUAUACACAGUAAAUACACAUAUUUGGACCUCGUAUAAUAUCUUUAUGCUCUUAUGUCCUUGUUUCUAUCCCUGCAAAAAUAAACACUUAACAGACCAGAGGAGGUGGCAUGAAAGGGCAAAAGGGAUGAACACGCUCUCUCUCUCUAUUUCUUUUUUCUCUCUCACACACACACACACACAUUAACACACAUCGCAGUGAAGUAUUUUAUCAGCAGUGGGUGUUAAGCUGCAUCAUUUUAUAGCAGGAGCUUGUUUUUCUUGAUGACUGAGCACAAAAAGCUCAGAUUUUUUGAAGGUAACGGUAGCGAGUUGCUGCAUGCUUGAAAAGAUUAGCUCCCACUUUCCCUCUGCAUGCAUGCACGCACUCAAACAAACAGCCCACAGUCCUCGUUAAUACAGUAUACACAAAAACAAAAGAUUGAUGAGUGUUGUGACGAAAAAGGAGGAACAAUAGAGGCUAACAAUACCUUCUUUCACCUCAUUAAUUAUCCUUUUUUGCUCAAAAAUACAGGGCUUCUUGUUGAAAAAUAUGACUCUCGGUGCAAAAAUAGUACGGGAUUGGUGCACAUAGUUGGUACAUGGAAGUAUGGAGGGUGAAAAAUGCGUAAGAGAAAAGUGUUUGCUCAGCCAAAGAAGGAAUGUGCCUUCACAGUCAUAUUGUGUUUAAUCAAUCACGUUAUUCAGGCUAUGAAAAGUCUUUAAACUCUGCUUGGUACAGAACUGCAUGAUCCUUCGUCCAACCUCACACACCGACCUCCAUUAUGAAAUGAAGCAAUCAGCUAUAUUGUUAAUUGAUUGACCUGUUAUUCUUAUAAAUCAUUUCCUUAUUUUCCUGAAUGAGCCUUUACAUGAAAUGAGAAUCGAUCAUCGAAUGGCUUGAUAUUUAAUUAUGGCAUGAUGCUAUAGAUCCAAGAGCCCGAGACUAAGGACACACUGACGCCCUUAAAUCUAAUUUUUGCAGGGUAGAAGUCUUUAGAGGAAGCAUAGGUUCAAUGUCACCCUUGUUUCGAUGAAAAGUGAUUUAGUGACGGACAGGAAGAAUAAAGCUUACACUCUCCACGUAAGCUGAUGGUGAAAUUGGCAGCUGAGGAUCAUCAAACUUUGAGCUAGCAUUUCUUGUGCUGGAGGCAAGUAAAAAAUGUGGGAACUUGUUCAGAUUUGAUUGAUGGUGUUAUCUCCAAAACGACAACGUAAGGAGUAAGCUGUCUGCUGCAGUGAUAAGGAGGUCGUUAUCACAACCAAAUUAUUCUGACGGCUACUACACCAAGCGUUCCUGUCUUCCCACUAGCUCAACAGGAGAGCAGCCAAGAGCAGAGUUUGUGGUCAGCAUGUUGUCAGCUGUUGAUGAAUGGUCACUGAAAUAUUGUUCAAUAACAGUGGGUCUAUUUUCAGGGCUACAACUCAGCCAGUUGUACCCGUUCUGGACCAGGAACAAAAGACAGACCAAACAUGUUUUUACAGUGAGGUAAAACAGGCCAAUAUCUUGACUUUCACAUGGUCAAAGAUGGAAGUUUCACACACUGGUGGUUUUUUCCAGAAGUUUGAUCAGGAUGCUUCAAGGAUGGGGUAAUGUUUUUGGAUGGUGCCAAAUACUUUGAAAAGCACAGUGGGUUUUAAUAGUAGGGGUAGCUUUCAAUGUUGUUAGGGUGUUGUCACUGGAAUAACAUGGCUCUUUGUUCACACUCAGGUCUCCAGCAGCUCAGUAACAGAAAGUUAUUGUAUUUGUGGAUGCUGAUGCAAAAAUUCUGCUCUGCUCAGGCACCCAUCAUAAAAUGGAUUAAAUUUUAACACCAUAUUUACAUAAUCAAAUGUGAAGUGAAACAACCUGAUAAGACUGUGUGAGAAUGUACAAACUAUACUUAACUGACAUCUCCUGACUUUCAGCUUCUAGCCUCAGCUAGGAUGUCACAAACGAUGUCUUUGUUACUGUGAUUAGUUGGUGAAAUUGGUGACAUGACUCAAUUCCCAUCAUUGUGUCUGCCAACAUAAGCCCACUCAGUCUUAUCAGGCAGUAUCAUGUGUGCAUGUGCAGGAUUUUUUGACUUCUUGCUUGUCAGUGCCUCUUUAGUUGCCAGUAGACAAUAGUGCCCGCUGCUCAGUUAGAUGAGAAUGUAUAAAAGAAGUGGAUGUAGCUCUGUGGUAUUUGAAAUUAAAGGAGGUAAAGAAGUGUCUUAAAGUGUCUUAUAAGUGUCUUAUUCUGUAUCAUGGUUAGUAGAGGUGACUCCAUUGGUUGCAAAAGUAAGUCAGUUCAAAGUCUAAGAGAAAUUUAUUUUCAGUUCAUUCUUUAUCUUCAAUAAAACACACUGAUCCUUUUGGUUCGUUAUGAAGUAUAUCACACACAUAGCAUGUACUCAAAUAACUAGCAUAAUCCUUUUUUAUUUGUUAGGUUGAGCUGUGGUUAAAGUUUGAAUUGGCAAUUAAACUGGCCUACUGGGCAAGAAUCAAAGUAUUAAGAGAGCAUGUCAGCCUCUGUUGUGGCGGGUGGCGACAUGCUCCCUUUCAGCUCAUCACUACUUGAUUGUCUCCCAGCCGACCUCUUACGUACCAAAACAAUCGACAAACAUGUUUGCAAGUGGCUAAUGGGAUGUACUGUACUGACCCUUUUAUAGCUCUGUACCUUUUGUUCAUGUGGUACAACAGUUUUGUUUUUAGUUAAGCCCUUCGUUCGACUGUUGAGGUUCUGUUUACUGCCUGACUUCAUAGCAACUCAUUCAUGCUUUUUAACUUCCUGGUCAAAACCCAGUGUGCCAUCUUUGGAGCAUGCACCAAAUGCUUAGGACAGUUCCAGUCCAAUACAAGUUGUGAGAAGUUAGAUUUGGUGUGAUUUCAGUCAGACUGAUAUGUUUAGAUCUAUGUCCAAGUCCAGUUUCAUGCAGUGAAUCCAUGUUUUGAUCAACAUGUGUUGAUCUGUUAUUAAUUAUUUGUAAUGGCGUUAGCCUUUGAAAAAAACAACACCAGUCAAACAGCCUUUGGUUGAGACAGGAGGACAUGUUCUUCACUUAAGUAUGGUUUAGUUUACUAAAGCUGGUACUUGGUGUACUUCUGUGCUUUUCAAACUAAAUUUAGAUUGGCCUUAGACAGGAGACAACCGUGUUCCUCUUUUUUCCACAUAUAGAGGUUGAUUGUUAAUUACAGAAGAAAUGAAUUGAAGCAUUGAAACGAAUUUGCCCAUACCAGCCUGUUGCAGUGAUUCCGUAAUAUUGCUGUUGUAGUCCAGCUUAGACAUGCUUAUUGAGACAGUAAACACUCAUCUAUGUUGCGGUAUAUCUGUCAUUCAGCACCUGCUUGUUAUGCCUGGUGGAUAUUUCUCUCAUUCAGAGCUUGUCACAGUUGUGAGCAACAGGACAAAGAAUGUGGAAACACGUAGAUUAGACCAUCUUAACACUGUAUCAGCGCAGACUGACGUAGAGCAGGGAUUCAACACGAGGAAGCAAGUUUGUCCAACUUCUGAUAGCUGGGACACUGUGAGGAAAUUACAUCAGUCAUACUUUCCAUGGCAGUUAGCAGUUGGUACAGUAAACACACCAGCCUUUCCACAGUGUUUUGUGUUUGCUUAAGAAGGUGUGUGCUGAAAUGUCCUGUUUGGGUGAAAUGGGACCACAGCCAGGUUAUUGAAGUUGUUAUACUACAGCAUUUGAGCUUGAGAUCAUAAAAAUAAGUUAUUUAUGACUCGAGAACUAAAAAUAAUGCAUAAAUCUGACUCACAGGGGUCAUAUCUGACAUGUCAGCCACUGUGAUCUGAGUUCAGCGCAUGCAAACUGAACUCACCCUGAUGAUGUUAGUGCCUCUGCUUGUAUCUUAUUCCAGAGACAGAAAAAUGGAUGUAGGUUCUGUUUUUAUCCAAAGAAAGAUCUGGCCUCUCACUUUUUUCUUGGAGUAAGUUUAGGAACAGGGUGUGUCAUCUUGUUGGUUCUGUGUCUGUGUAGAGUCACUCUAGAAAGUACAGAGCAAAAUUCAUGAGGUGGAGGAAGUCUCAGGGGUGGUUGUGUGACACAGCUAGAAUGGAAAGUUUAUUCUUCUGUAUGUAAGGACUCAAGAGGAUGUGAAUCUAUAUGUAAGGGUCAAUCAAGUGUAUUAGAAAGUGCCUGAAAUCACAUGUAAUCCUUGUCUAAACUUUAGCUUUUACAGUAGCAACCAAGCUUUUGUGCAGACUUUGUUGCCUUUUUGUGGUUUAUGCCUUAAGCUGUAGUCAUUUCAAAAGGAGCCACAGUGUUGCUUGAGAUUAAAGACCUGAUGUUUAUUUUUUGCCCGCUAGCAAAUCCCUAUUUACAGCAUAAUCUUUUCUUGGAAUAUGCAUUUCAUUUAUAUUGCCGUUAAUCCAGGGCAGUAAAUCACAAAACCUUUCAUACAGUUCUGGUUUUUUGACAUUUAUUCUUAAGGUUUAAAGCCUACAAGAUCAUCAGAGGUUUGAAACUGAGUUUAAUAACGCUUAUUACAACCUGUUACUCAUCACACACUGAUCCUGUAAACAUGCAAUCAUGUUAAACGCUAUGUUAUCAUUUCCUUAGUGAGUCCUGGGUUAUACAGUUUUCCAUUCGGGGCAUCAAGAAAUCCCCUCUCAAUUGGCUGGCUCGUGGUCCCUGCUUUUGGAUCCCUCUGCAGGAUAUUGGCUCCAUAAGUAUUGUAAAGUAGAGUAGAUCAACAUGAGGAGGCUGUGUUAAAAGUCCUAGCAUGCUGGCCAGUUGAAAUGAUUCAAUCAAAAUGAUUAAAGGAGCCAAAGGACCCAGGCCAAAUGGCCAUCUGUGAUUUGCCAGCUCUCAUGCUGAACCUUCAUGCUGUGCUGUAAAGGAGGCUCAGAGCUGUUCACUUUUCAAACAUCUCAGCUUACAUAUAUCACAGACUGCAUGCUCCCUGUGUUUUUUAAAGCAGUAUGAACAGUUUGCCUAGUCUGUUUUAGGUUUGUUUAAUGAGCAUCCCAUCUGAUGAAGAGAUUGCAAUGAUCAUAAACUGACAGUAUUCAGGUGUGUUAUGCUGCACAUCUGCUCACAGAGGAAGUUGGGGAUUCAGCUGGUAGAGAAAAAUUUCUUUACUUUUGAUUUUUUUCUUUUUUUUUUUGAGUGGGGUUUCAAGAGCCCAUAUCAUCAGCAGUGUGAGCCAGUCAGUACUUAUUAACAACCUCUUCAGUCUUUGUUAUUUCCAUCCUUGCAUAUUUCUCUUACACAAUUUCCAGACCAGCCACAAACCAAACAUUGUUUUGCGCAGCUAAGUCUUAUUAUUAUUUUCUGCAGAUUAUUCACUAAUCCUAAAAGAGGCAUUAUCACAUCAGCUAAUGAGCAUGUGUGCCUCCUUCUUCUCAAACAUCCGGCAAAGAAUCCAACAGCCGAACUCCAUUUGACCUCCAUCAUUGAAAAACCUCAACUAAAAACUUUUAAUUAGGUCCCAUGUAACUCUUCAUUACACUCAAUUAAAGCACUCUUAUGCAGCUGAGAUUUUGCAGCAAUGGGGGAGAUUUUACAAAAGGCAUGCUGUGACAUCUGAUGAUAUUAUACAGUUGCACCUCGGGCUGUCUCGAUAAAACUUUUUUACUUUUAACACGAGACCGAUAUUGUAGCCUUCAGUCAGGGUUUUUCCUGGCUCAAAUUGAGGCAGAGGUGGCACCUUCCUGACCAUGCGCCAUGACGUGCAUGUAUUUGUAAAUUCAACUGACUCACUUUCUUUUACAGGCAACAUACUUUAAGUUAAGAGUUCAAAAAAAGAGUGUGACCAUUAUUAUGUUAAAGCAUUCAUUUAUUAAAACUAUAUACAUACACAAAUCAGCUGGCAACUUUAAAUUGAAAGUACACUUCAUCCACACAUCUCACAACCAGACAGAACAUUUCAGCCUCCUCUCUUUCAUUCUGUAGAACCUCCUCAUGCACUCCUUGUAGUCCAAGGCCUCCUGGUCUGGUCCAUCAACGGCCACCUUACAACAGACAUCCAAGUGCCUCUCCUUCAGUCUGUUCCGCAGAGGUGUCUUCACCUUAAACAAAACAAUUCAUCAUGCAUUAAGUAUUUUUGUUUUUAUUCUGAUACAGACAUGAAGAGUGAUAGUGUUUUAAUCAUAUAUUAUAUAUAUGUAUACGUUGCAGUGUCCUCCCUAAAAAAACGACAACCAAUUAUUGCUUAAACUAUCUAAACUAUGUUAUUUUAGUUUUUGUAACUUUAUUAGUUGAGUGUUUUUAGGUACUACCAUCUUUAAUAUAUUCUCCUUCUCUUCUGCUGCUUUGUGAAUGGCUGUCACCUCAUGUCUUUUUAAUGUGUCCAGCCUGUAGUUGGUUGAUGGCUGUCUCACUAAGGAGGCAGCAAUUGCCUGCUGUGUUGGGGCACAGUGCUUUUGACAUAAAUAGCAGUGCAUGCCUUCCUCAGUAUGCCUGAGCCAGGUAAAUUGAUUGAGCCAUUGCUUGUCAAAGCCACUGGCUCUGUGUUUUUGAGAAGAUCUAGACAGAGGAAUAAAAACCACGUACACGUUGGUUUUGCGUUGUUAUGCUCCUAAUUGGAAACUAAUUAAUUAAUUACCCUCGCCUCGCCGACUCGUCCUGUCCUGCAUUCUGACCCUCGCGAUCACCAGUCCCUUGUGAAGUACUUUCAGACCUGACACAAAUUUCCACGUUGUCCCCACCAUGAGUUAUAGCAUUUUAACUGCCUGUUACGUUUUUUCUCUGCUGUGUUUCACCUGGACUCUUGACUUUCCUCCUCGCGAGGUCGCUUUUUAAAGUACUGGCUGAUUUUGCCUGUCAUAUCUGCAACGCUAAAAAAACGGAGGAAACUUUUUUUUUAAUAAACACGUCAUGCUUGGAUGCAAAAAAGACAAGCAGUAUUUACCUGUUUGUACCAGCCGCCGGGGAAAAUCAGGUCGCCGAUAGCACCAACUAGCGGGAAAAAAACUUGAGAAAACAUGAUUCGAUCCGUUUCUUCUUCGGUAGAUGCUUCAGGUCUUUCCGGUGCACUGCUGUUGAUAUAGCGCCUCUAUAGUGGCGCAACGCUGCAACUGCAGUUAAAAUACGUUGCUGCUGCAGAGGGACAUCAUACACUCAAUCAACACAGCUGGAGCUUUACGCUGUGUUGAGCGAAAUCAAUCGCUCUGGCUGGGGGCGGCACAAAAUUAGGUGGAGGCGGCCGCCACGCAAUUUUGAACGCAGGAAAAACCCUGCCUUCAGUAUUGGCCGAUACAGAUAUCGAUCCAAUGUUAGCACAAAAUUGUGCAUAACAAGUUUUGCACUCAGCUGCAGUGUCUUUUUUGGACUUUAACGAAAAAUACUGUCACACAGCCGAUAUCACUCCUGGGGUCGUUGUUACUGCCACUCUCUUGCCGCUCCAGGAGCUACACGAUACAUUACCCGCUCUCCUCGCUAUACAGACGGUGUAUAAGCUUAAACGUUACCCUUCACAUUUGUGGAAGAGGGUCUGACAGGAUUGACUUUUGACCCCUAACUUUUUUUUAGGUGUGGCGGCUUUUAUUUAGCUGUGGCGGUGCGCCACGAUCACGAGCAUGUAGGGGAAACCCUGAGUCUGGAAUGACUGCUUGUACAUGAGUGCUGAUAUUGGAGAUUUUAGAUGCAGGUCGGUAUAAUCUUUGUUAAUAAUAAUGAUAAUAUUUGUUUUUUGGCUGAUAUCGGACCAAUACCCGAUAUCAAUAUCAUAUCAGGACAGCCCUAGUUGCACCGUAAAGUAUUUUUGAAAUGAAAAGUAUGUUUAAAAAGUUUUGCAAACAACUCUGACCCAGUUUUUUUUUUACCAUUGGUGAAAACUGGUCAAAACAACUUUAUAAUGAGGAAACAUUAUACAGUACAAUAGAAAAAUCUCUUGAAUGCAUGUGAAGGUUGGAGCAUGGUGACUUUUCUUCUGAUUAUUCUGGGACCUUCAAACUCCUGUGAGGAGGUCUGGCUGGUAAAGGGGCAGACAGAUACAAAUACUUGAUGGUAGAGCUGUCAGUGUAAGCGCAACUCCUAACCCUGAGGCCCAAAAAUAACACUUUUGAAAAUUAUUAUGUGCUGGGUUUUUUUUGUCUCUUUUAGCACAUCACAGUUAAGCUCCUGCCUCUAAUCUGACAGCAAGUGACAACACCGCUGUGCUUUAGCCAGAAUAAGCAAUCUGAGGCUGUGUCCUACCUCUUAUCAUGGGUUCAGACCCCAAUGGUGAAGCAUUUAUUUGGACUACAAAAAUGUAAAAGUCAAGGUCAUAAAAUACAUUCCAGUGCAUUUAUUUGAUUUCCAAACCAAGAGAGCACUGACACGGUGGAUAUGAACUUAAAAAACUGUCUGAAAUGUAAAGCAGUGGAGUCUGAAACAUACAAACAAAAGUGCAGAAAUUCAGCGAUUAAUCCUGAUUUAAACAUCUAUCAUUUGACUGGCUUUGCCUUUACAUGGCCUACAAUAGCAACCAGAAUGUCAAGGGGAAGAUGUGAAGAUUUUCUCCUGUAUAGUCUUUUUAAAUCUUUGUGUCUGAGGCCACAGAGUCAAUGGCAAAGGAAUUCAAAGUGAGAAGACCAGAAGUGUCCUUCUUCACUUUGAGAACAGUAUGACUGUAAAAAGACAUCAUGAGGAUUUGUCAUGGCUCAUAAACUUAUUUCAGGAUUUAUAGCAGGUAAAAGAUUACAAGAGGUAAGAAAUGUUACUUGUUUACAGGUUUCACCAAGAUCACAACAAAAUAGAUGCUCAUAGCAGCUCUCAACUUCUUCUUUGUUUCAUUUUGGGAUCUGUAAAAUCGGAAUCACUUCAACCCAAUUUCAAAGAGCCAUUCAAAACAUUGGCGUAGUUGGUCAAAUUACAGUUGAUGUGACAGGUGUGAUCUUAAGAGGACGAAACUGUUGUCAGCCUUCAGUAGAACUGUGAUAAUCUCUGAUGAUACGCUGUAGCCUGAAUCUGGUUACACAGCCAGCUAUUACAGAUACAGAUGCUCAUCUUGCAAAUUAUUGGUGUUGUUUGACUUUGUUCUGUAGUUGCCGUGCUUUUUGUUUUCUCUAUAUGAGUGUCCAUGAUAUGUCAAGCCUUUUACUGGACACUGUCACAUAAAUAUUUAUACUUUCCUCACAAAUCAGGUCAAAAUCACUUAAGAAUCCAAGAAAAGUUGGAUUAAUGCAGUUGUUUACAGAGAAUGAAUCACCACCAAGAGGUGCUGUGUUGGAUUUCAUUGGCACAUUGUUGUGAUGCAGCUUACCAUCACAGCUAAUCUGUGCUCAGUCACUGUGUCGUCAUGGAGCCGCUGUUCUGUCUAUCUCCCUCUCCAGUAAGAGGAAAGGAAUGCCUGUGAGUCCGAGGGGCGCCUGUUGGCCCAUUUCAUGCCCUGUCAGUUGGACAACAGGAAAGCCAGAAAUGCAGACAGUGUUUUUUGUCUCUCAUCUCCACUUCCACCUUACUGUAAAUCUGUCCACCACAUUUCCUGUAACACAGAAGGGAAGACAGAGGGUUGGCAGUGAGAGAUCCCCAUCUAAAACUUGUUUAUAAUGAUGAUGACGAAGCUGGUGCGUCAUUUCAGGUGUCACCUCUCUGACCACUUGACCACCUGCAGUCAUCAAUUCAUUCUGACUCCAUUCCCGUGACCCUCCUGCUCUGUAAAUGGAAGAGUCUGUGCACUUGGCUCACUGCGCACUCUGUCACCUCUUGGCUAGCUGGCAGACGGGCUGCAGUUAACUGGCUGGUGCUGGACUGUGUCCAGCCACACGGCUGCGGCUGUGAUUUGAAAGCUUAUCUUCAUUAGCUAGAAAGAAGACAGCACAAUGAAUUACUGUGAUCAAGGAGCUGACUUUCCAUGAACUAACCACAUGCCUUUAGAUUAGUGAAAGUCUGUCAGUGUCAUUGAUCAGUAAAGUUUGAUAAUGUAAACAAGGCAUUCAUAUGUCCAGCCUAUUUUGUGAAGUUCAUGGUGGCCUGCCUGUUUUUAAGCUACUGUCCUAGCGCUGUCAUUGUACGAGGCUAUUCCUAAUCCUAAUGACUCUCAUUCAUUAGAGAUGAUUCCCCUGACAGUCUCUUUGUCUGGUGUUGGGCAGUAUUGCUUUUUCCUAUCAAUAAGAUCUACUUUCCUUAUAGACUGCAUGAAGAUUCAUCUCCUGCAGGAGGAGGAAAGCUCCCGGGUGAGCUUUUAACUGCCUUUUCCACUCCUUGUCACAGAUAUAGUGCCUCUCAGAGGGAGCUCUAAAUGGUCCUGGGCUGCAGCCUUUAAAGACAGCACUAAAUUAAGACUAAGGUAACUCUGAAACACAAGGGCCUUGAGUAUUUCAGCUUUGAUUUUUGCAGCAAUACAUUUCUGUGCCCUCUGCAACAGGGAGAACAAAUUCACAUUAAAACUGGUUUCACUAUAGUAUACUGCCCACAUCCAUACGUCUCAUUUUUAUAAAGGCUUUAUUAACAAAAAGGUCUGGAGAGACUCUCUUUUAGUUUAGCCUUAACAUCUACAAAAGCAUAAAGAAGAAUGACUGAUAAAUCAUAAAGUCAAAGAUCAGGGUCAUUGUCACCAAAGUCUAUUGUACUGUUAAGAGUCCCAUGUCUCAGCAAUGCCUUUACUUUUUAUCUGUUUUAAGAGUCUGAGAGAAAGUCACCACCUCUCAUUAACAAGAGGACUGUCUGUAUUAAGCUCGACCUGUUAUGUAUCUGUUAACUAUGCCUGUAAGAGGGGUCCACUGACAAUAACAUCAGACUAUAGAAAGAGAGAUGCAAAGAAAUGCAGUGCUAGAGUCUGUUUCCUCUAUUAAUACUUGAGUUACCAAUUCCUCAGUUACCUCUGAAUCUCAUAUGCUGUUGUUUUAUUUAGAGGAAAUGUAUUCUCUGAUAUAUUAACAAAAUACAAACACAUCUUUCAUUCAGCCCUUAGUUCCUUUGUCAUUAUUUGUUUUGUAUUUAUUUAGUUUUAUAUUUGCUCUUGUUUUUUACAUCAGCUCUAAAUGUGUUUGUGCACUUUUUUGAUUCUUUUAGUCAUGCGUGAAAGUCUGUGGGCAAUGUUUUUGAUGCAAUGUGCUGCUAUUACACGCUAACGCACUUAUCCACAUUCUCCCCUGGGAGUCUUUUUCAGGAGCCACUAAGCUGCUCCACAAGAGCAAUUGAAGGUUGAGUGUAUCUCUCAAGAAAAUCUCAACUCCACUUUAGACAUUUUUAACCCUCUAAUCUGUUCAACAUUACCAAAAAUUUAGGGUUUUUUGUUUUUUCAAAUAUGGUAAAGAGACCCUUUUUGGUGUCUAGUUUUUGGUAAUCCGAUCUCAUCUGCUAACAUUGUUAGUCAUAAGUUUGAGGUGUCAGUGGUGCAUUUGAUAUUUCCUCCCGUUCUCUCAGAGCCAGACAGUCCACUUUAAUCUUAACUCCAUAUACCCUGGCAGAUUCUGUCUGACAAAUGGUCACCUGAUGAUGUGAAAAUUUAAAAAAUCAGGUCCCUGCAGCGGCUGUGUUGGUUUUGGACAAGAGCUGUCAAAGUGAGGUAGUAUUUUUUAGUCUCAUACUGAUUCAUGGUCAGUCUUUUUGGCCAGUAUCAGCUUUAUGAAAAAAUAUUGUUUUGGAUCUGAUAUUGUUUUAACAGCCAACAUUAGGCCAAAUGAGGAAAUGGCAUUUUUAUAGCCUUUCUCUCUGGGAGUCUGAUACUUAACACUUCUGUCAAUAAAAUGCAAUCAGAGUGUUAGACACAGUUACCUUGAGAAAGCCAGGAGUGCAAAAGUUCAACCUGAUCCACACCUGCACUACACUUCCAAACUCUCCAAAUGUUGGUGUUUGUUGACUGAGCGUGAAUAACUGGCUGGCCCAUCAAGCUUCUAUGUUUCCUUCAGAUCUGUUUUAACUAUUUGAUUUUCUAUUCUUAUUGCUAUUUCAACUUCUUGAGGAUCCUCUUUCUUGUAUGUGCUGACUCCUGCCAUCUCAACGCUGUCGUUUCUCUGUGCACAUUCAGCAGCUGUGGUGAUGUCAUGGUUAAAGAGGUGGGCGAUCGAGAGAUGAGUGAGUUCAUGUGCUCCAUCUGGGUUUUAUUCAGUCAAAGGACAGAAGAGAAUAUGAAGGAACAGCAAAUCAAAGGCUGUCCCACAGUCCCACUCCUGGCAUCAGUCAGCCUCAUAGGAAUGGACUGAUUUUAAUCACAUCAGACCGCUCUUCUACUCUCUAACAGGAACCUAUUGUCUCUCUUUUAUUGCCACCUUUAAUGACAGUAUUACAAGUGUCCAUACAAAAGGUGUGAACUGUGAGGUAUCUCCGUCUGUCUGUCUGUCUCUGCCCUGUCUGGACGGUACUUCUUGUGCUGUUUAGUAAAUAAUCAUUUAUAACACACAGUGCUGAUUUUGUGUUAAUGUCUUUCAUGUGACAGUACAUAAUUUUGGAUUGCAUGCUGUCCUCAUUCUGUCAGUCAUGGAUUCAUCCUCUGUGAAGUGCGCACAGAAGUGACUAUAGAUCUUUAAUGGCGUGCUGGGUCUUUUUCAAGUACAGGUCGAUCCAGUGGCAAAUCUAUCUGACUGGCUUGAUGGAAGUGCAGUGUUUAUUAAUGUGAAUGUCAGUGAUAGCAUCCUUUCAAUGAGAGCAGGUUUGGGUUCUUUUUAAAGGGUAGCUCUCAGCUGAGAGCCUUAUCUCGCAGACAUUAAGAGCAGACAGAGCUGUCCCAUUUACUUUUUAUAGAAGCAUUUAAAGAGUUUAAGUUAUCAUUUUUAAGAGUUUAGUUUAAAAUAUAUUUAUUUAAGGUCCCUCAUACACUCUGUCAUGUCUUCUUUACCUCUCUGCCUAAGGCACUUCACUCUUCCCAACACAGCUGCACACUCUGGGAAUGUUAAAUGGUUUUGUACCCAGAAAUUGUGCCAGUGUUGGCAGCGUCUGCCACAGUUUCUAGUUUAUUCAAUAAGAGGAUAGUCUGUGCAAAGUGCCUAUCAAUGGCUGAGUACUUAAAGAACCCACAGGGGUAUAGGAUUUCCAUUCCAAACUAGGCCAUUUGUUUGUGGAUUUUGUGUAUGUGUGUGUAAAUGUGUGCAUGUGUGACUCAGGGUGAUGCUCUGUCUAUCUCAGCACACAGGCUGCCUGUCUAGUCUCUCCUCUGUGGGUUACUGGGUUUGAUGAUAGUGUGUGCAUGUGAGAGACACAGGGCUGUCUUUGUCCGUGCACUGCUUAAGCUGCUUUGUGCCUGAAUGCUCCACGUGCACAGGGACCUUUGUCAUCGUGUGAAACAAACAACCUCCUUGUGUCUGCACUGCUGUUUGCUGAUGAUCUGAAAAUAAACAAUUAAACGUUGUCAGGCGGCACCCUGCCCUUGCUGGGCAUCAGUAAAUACUCUUCAUAUUUGAGAGAGGGCUGGAAAAGGCUCGCGCCUGUGACCCACGCUGAUGCCUUUUGAAAUGCCACAGCUAAGCUCUGCUGAGCGAUGAAUGACCACUGACACCAGCAGACAGACUGUGCCAGGCAGAUGCUCUGUUGUCCAAACAGAGAACAAUACGUGAAUAGGGCACAGUGACCAGCAACAUGAAACUGCUGAAUAAUACAAGCAUCUGAAUGAGCUGCACUGUCUGUUCAAUUAGUGUCAUUACAUGAUGUUAACAAAUUCAUGGACCCAGCAUGGCGGUAUGCUGAUUCCAUUAACCUUCCCUUGUCUGUGUUAAGCCUGCUGUGUGGUUUCAUCUUUGAGGCUGGGGUUGUUUUUUUACAUUUUUGACUGCACAUGAAAAUCAGGGUUGUAUCCUUGCACCAUCUCGCUGUUCGAAGGGGAUCUUUUGUUAAUUUGAUCAGUCCUCUUAAUUCGACUGGAACUUUAAAGUUGAAACUGAGCCUAGAGUAAUCAGUAAAAGUGACUCAUAACACAACUUGUAUAUUCUCAGAUUUCUGUUUAUUGCUCAUUUUGUUUUUGUUAAUAUAGAGACAUUAGAUAUUUAUCUUUUUAUUUGAUAGACUCUAGAGGAAUCUUGUUCAGCAUCUUGUUAAGCAAGCAAGCAAGAAAGUAAGAAAGUACAUAAGCAAGUAAAUAAGUUAGUAAACAAGCAAGUAAGUCAGUAAGUAAGCAAGUAAUUAGGUAAGUAAUUAGGCAAACAAGUAAGGAAGUACAUACGUAAGCAAGCAAGUAAUUUGGCAAGUAAGCAAGUUAGCAAGUAAAUCAGCAAGCAAGCAACUAAGCAAGUAAGCAAGAGAAGCAAGUAAGCAAGCAAGCAAGUAAGUAAGAAAGUAAUCAAGCAAGUAGGUAAGUAAGUAAGUUAUCAAGCAAGCAUGUAAGUAAGUGAGUAAGUAAGGUAACUUAUGUUAUUGUUUUAACUGCUCAGUGUGAAAUGUGAUUCAUGGUUAAGGGCGUGCAAUAUGGCAAAAAGAACAUGUAAUGAUUUUUUGAAGGCAGAAUCAAAAUCUUGAUUUUAUCAUUAUUAUUUUUCAUAUUUUUUUGCAGGACUAUUUGAAAGUCACUGAUUGGUACAACCAAACAAUUUUCUCCAUUUGAUAAAAACAUAGACUUUUGAGCCGAAUUAAUCUCUGUGUGCAAUUUGGCUAAGUAUAGCUGAUAUUAAAUAAUAUUGUGGAUGUGGACUCCAAGUAUACUCCUUUGCAGAUAAUUUUGCUUAAUAGGCAUUUUAAACAGCCUGAAAAUGUAAAAACCAACUCUCCUUUGCUCUCUUGCUAAAUUACAGUGUAUCAGUUUGUGGACCUGAGUUAGUUCCUGAGUUGGCUCUCAGUACACAACUUUCAUAUCAGUGAUAAAUGUCAGGUACUUUCUGCAUGUUUUUCAGUUUCUGGUCUGAUUUAACGAAUCAUCACUCACAUUUCAUUUACAGCUAAAUGCUAUUAUCAAAACAGGUAGAAGCUGGUGUGACUCUAAUGGAAAAAAAGGGAGUCUUUAAUCGAGCUUAAGCUGAAACUUCCACAUAAGAAUCAAGUGUUUAUACUUUACAGGCUGAACCUGCUGUGGUAGUUUAAUCAAUGUUCUCUGAUACUUUGAUUCAAUUCUGUACAGUUUAUUUCUAUAAGGAUUUCAACACAAUCUAAAAUCUCUGUCUGAGUCCCUGUCUUUGUAUUUGUCAUCUUUGCAGUGCACCACAUUUUUGUAAUCUGACACCAAGACAUGGAGUCUGCUACUCCACUAAUGAGCAGAAACAGAGCUUAUUAUAAAACACUAAGAGCUCUCGGGAAAACUAGUAUAUUCAGUCAGUCUGAAUGUUUUUGAUUAACUAUCUACUUGAACAUUGUUUUUCAAAAGUCCUUCUCUGUGUUACAGGAGUACAAACAGCUAAGAAGUCUGGUAUCCCAGCUCCCAGAGAAAUUCCUUCUACUAUAACGAGAGACCGUACCUCUCUGAGGGAGCAGCUAAGGAGCUCCAGCACUAAGAGGAUGGUUUCUAGUGCCAGCACUUCCAGCCUUUCAACCCUGGCAAAGCAGACACGUGCAUCGACCAAGUCCCGUGGGGAUGCAGAGGUCCAGGAAAGGGGCCUUUUGGAGUGCCAGGUGAAAGAGCUUCUGGCUGAGGCCAAGGCGAAGGACUUGGAGAUCAGCAAUCUCAGGAUGGAGUUACAGCGCUGCAGAGGUAAAGCCUCCACUGUAUCCCCUUCAGCUUCACCUAGCACUGUCUCAUGGCAAGAGCCGUCUGUAGACAGAGAGCAGGGGCAGGUGGCAGAGGCCCUUGUUCUGGUUGGGGAGCUGAGGGAGAAGAACGGGAAGUUUCAGAGAGAGCUAGCAGCACUCAGGGAGGAGAACCAGGUUCUAAAGGAAAAGCUGCUCAGCUUGGAUGCCUCUCCUGUCUCUCAUACAAACACAAACAGCCCCUCCAAACAUUUGGUCAAUGGUCUGCCCUCAGACUCCAGCUCCCCCAGCCCACAACAGGACAGUCUCCCUCCAGCUGCCAGCCCUCUCAAAACCUCUGCUUCCUCUGGCUCAGAUGUCACCAAGGGCUCGCCAUCACCUGACUCCUCUGAAUUUGAGAAAAUCCCAUCCCGAUCAGAAUCACUGAGCAGUGGUGUUAGUGGAGAAACCAGUACAGUGGGGGCAGUUACCAAUUCAGAGGGGAAAGAUGUGUCUGUGCAGAGCCUGACUGAACAGAUUCACAAGAUGGAGGAGAGCCACCACAGCACAGCUGAAGAGCUGCAGGCAACUCUACAGGAGCUGGCUGACCAGCAACAAGUGGUGCAGGAGCUGACGGCCGAGAACGAGCGUCUGGCAGAGGCAAAGCGCCUCCUGCAGGCCUCACUUCAACAGCAGAGAGAGCGAGUGGAGAUGAUGGCCCAGAAGAAUGAGGCUCUGGCUGGAAGACUUGAGGAGCAGGCCCAAGCUCAGGCCCAGAGGGAGGAGGAGCUGGGGAGCCAGGGGCCUCGACUAGCUGAACUGGAGCAGAGGUAUGCUGAGCUGAUAGAGAGCUCACGAUUUGAACGAGAGAAGCUGGUGGACAUUCAGCAGCAGCUGACAGGCAGCCUGCGGGCUCUGGAGGAGGAGCACCAGGAGGCCCAGGGUCAGGUGCACUGCCUCAGAGAGGAGAUAGACAGGCUGCAGGCCCAGCUGGACAGGGAGCUGGAGGCCCGAGGUCAGGCAACACAGGCAGCAGAGGAGCAGAGGGCAACAGCCGACUGUCUCAGGCUGGAAAACAGUAGACUGAAGGCACAAGUGGACAUUGAGAGGCAAAAAGUGGGUGAGCUGAAGGCCAUGCAGAGUGCAAGUGACAGUUCUGAGGUGCAGAGCCUGCUGAAGACAGCCCACACUGAGAGAGACCGGCUGGAGACAGAACUGACUGAGCUGAGGCAGGAGCUGCUGCAGGCCCAGGCCGAGACUGAGCAUGUGCGAGCCACAAUGUCAAAGGUAGGAGGGGGGGCAAGAUCACACCUCAUUUUUAACUUUCUGAUUUAAGUUCGGUGCACUUUCAGGGAGAUCUGCUGUUUGAGCAGGAAAUGUUUGUAGGAUAGGAUAUAAAAUGGAGAGGACACUGGAUGUUUUGGGGGAAAUGAAACGCAGUAUUUGAGGAAAAACAUUAUUAAGGCGUUCACACUUAAUAAAGCAUGUUGUGUCUUUGGACGAAAAAGUUGACACUUUUUGUUUCACUAAGAUUCAGUCAUCCUAUUUAAAACUGUACAGUUGUUUGUAGGUUAGAGAAAGUUUGUGCACAGUUCGAACAUUUUCCACCUGGUUGCUUCUAUUGUGUUGUACUGGGCUGUGUGUGUGUUCAAUCCAGGACUUGAAGUAUAUGUGACUCACUGUGUUCAUAAAACUUACUGAGCUCAUUAGUCCAGUUGAGACAAAGCUAUCAGGAAUGCCCAAAAAGAACAAUUUCCCUGUCCACAUUUACUGUAAACUAUGAAAAGGGAAAGGAAGCAGUUCACUCGUCUGGAAAGAGUUCAUUUAUUUUUGGUCAGAUGAAAAUUCCUUUUUAGGAGUGGACUUAUGAGAAACCAAAAUACUAUAAAACACUAUUUUUAAUAAGCAUACCAUCCUUAUACGUGUGUUAAAGGAGCCAAUAUGACAUUAAUAAUUUUCGACUCUGUCAUCUGAGGACCAACAUUUUCCACAGUUGUUCAAACAUCAGCAUUAAUCAGGCCUUACAGCUGGUAUUGGGUUCCCUUUUCACCACCACAGAACAUGAACUCUUGUUCACUUAAAACACUUUCAGAUGUUUCUCAGUGGUUGGUUUGGUUUUCCCCUCAAGAACCACAACACUACAGAGGCUGAGGCACUGAGGGGUUGUGGGCAUGUUCGUGGUUGUUGGCUCUAAAGCGAGGCGUGUCACCAUCAUUUAGUUGAUGUCGUCAUAGUUGGACUGUGAUUGCUAUGCCAUCAGUAGGGUGGUCCACCAGUGUAUGACCCACUGAGUCAUGCUUCUGUCCUCUGCCAUGUUGGUGUGAGGGUGAGGGCGAGUUCAUAACUUCACUCAUAAACAUCCUCAUCAAUCAGAACCAUGUUUUGUUAGUGAGAGAAGUUCAGAGGUUAGAAUGAUUCGCUGUUCGAGGUACAAUGUGUGCACAGAGAUCUGCUUCACAGUGCCAUCUCCAAGCUCAUCAAUCAUUCAUCUUUAGGGCAGUUUAAUAGGGUGAGUUAAACCACUGUAAUGAAGUUAGCUGAACUUUUGAUAUCACUAUGACGACAUGGUCAUUGUCAGACCUUGUUAAAGCAAAUUUUAUAUAGCUGUUUUAAUUUUAUAGCUUUAAGUUAUUGCAAUGUGUUUAGUUUAUCCGUUUCUCAUAGUUGCAGUUUUUUAAUAAACCAGGUAAAAAGCUGUACAUGAGCUGACAGUUCAGAAACACCUUUACAAAACAAUGGACGGUAUUACGAGAAUGAACCAGGGAUGUUUCACCUCCACAUGGUUUUAAUAUUUUAUUUGGUUUAGUCUUCGUGUUGCUUUGAUGAAUUUGUUUAUUCUCCUCCUGAUUUUGGAUUCUUUAUAAAAGGCCUGGUCUUGUCAGGGACAGUUUGUGUGUGAAUUACUUUAUGAUACAACAGUCAGCAUGAGCAGUCAAUAACAAUAAAAUAGUCAUAAAACUCUGUAUAUACAGCACCUCUCGAACUGAAUUAACGAUUGCUUUACACUAAAAACAAUGAACAUAAAAAAGAGAAUAAGAAAACAAGCAAGCGGUAAAACUAGACACACAAUAGCACAAGAUCCAUCAGAGGAUUACAGAGUUCAGGAGUCUACAAAGGCAAUAGGUAGAUCUGAUAAAUCGCUUGACAAUCUGCUUCAGUAACUUACUGUUGUAUAACCAGUAACAGUGAACAAAUCACUAGUUAAUAAAAGUAACUAACACUUUAUUUGACGCCUACCUCUAUAACAUAUCACAAAUAUAUGUAUAAUGUGUUAUAAUCACGUUAUAGCACUGUAUAGCUAUACUUAUAAACAUUCAUAGAUUGUCACAAUGCUUAACAACAAUAAUCAUAACAGGUUACAAAGUAUUUUAUCAUGACUUACUUGGUCAGGUAUUAUGGUGUGUCAUAACUGUUAGCAACUCACUGACAAUGCCCAUAUAGAUAAUGCAUUAUACAUAUGAUGUGUUAUAAUUUGCUUAUAAACUUGUAGAACUAUCAUUAUGAACACUCAUUAAUUAUCAUAAGGCUUUAUAACAAUAAGCAUAACACAUUAUAAUACCUGACCUUGUAAGUCAUGAUAAAAUGCUUCAUAAUGUGUUGUGAUUAUUUCUAUAAAGCAUUAUGAUCAUUUAUGAGUGUUUAUAACUAUAGUUACACAGUGAUAACGUGAUUAUAACUCAUUAUACAUAUAUUUAUAAUGCAUUAUAGAGAUAGGCAUCAAGUAAAGUGUUACCAAAACGAUUAACUUAUUAAUAAAGGUAAAAUCCCCAACAAUACAAUCAGACUAAUGCAUGUUGGUCACUUAUCAUGUACCAUUUCCACAGUUGCAUCAUUAUUCCACAGUUAUUCCAGACAAAUAAGACCCAUUAUGGGUACCUUUAAUGAAAAAUGAAUGGGGAUUAACUCAUCAGACCAAACAGUGUAGCAUGUCCAAAAGCACAGGGCUUAGUAUUUGUAAAUGACAUUUUAUCAUUUUCAUUCUCUUUUUAUUUAUGAAGACCUCAAAUCUUUGGGUCUCCAUAAAUAAAAUCUUGACUUUGUUGUGAUAUUUUAAAACCAGGGGAUGAAAAAAAGCAUCUUCAAGAUUAAAUGGAAAACAGCACUACAGCUGUGUCUGAAUGACACAAUAAAUUAUCCCUCCUUGAGCCAAAAGCGACUUUAGUGUUUCCAUCUAACAUGUACAGUGAAGCAAUUCAAUAAGCAAUGCCUCUUAUUUUAGAGCCCAUUUCUCCUCUCAGCCCAUCUUAAUCUCGCAAAUGUGCGCACACACAGGUGGAGGCCAAAUGCCAGCAGGUCCAGGAGUGGGCAGAGAAGAGGGAGCAGGAGCUCGGCUGUAGAGUAUCUUCUCUGGAGGAGACAGGGAUCCAGGCUGAAAACCAGGUGAAGGAGCUGAAGGAAACCAUCUUUGAACUGGAGGACCAGGUGGAGCAGCAAAGGGCCGUCAACUGCCACACCAACCAAGCCGUCCUGGACAUGGAGAGUAUGUGCUUUUCUUUUGCUGUUCACUGCUCUCUUACUGUGUGGGGUGUUUUGACAUACAGCCAUUAGGAACAUCCACACCAGAGGAAUUAAAUUACUCAGUUUUCAUACAAAAAUUCAGACUGUUUAUGUAAACGAGUAGCCAAAAAAGCAUCCACAAUGAGGAUUAAGUUGAAACUACAGCUUUUUAAAAUGGUCCAAUUCAUAUUAGAUUUAUUACAUCAGUGUAAUUCAUGACUUACUUAAUGGUCUGAUAUCUGAGUGUGUAUGAAAAUUAUAUGCAAUAUGAAGACAGAGUGAUACAUCUGUCUCUGACUUGCCAUUAAUGCAACUGGCAAAUGUUAUAGGACACUGCUGGAUUCAUUGUAUUUCCACAGGCUGUUAUGAAUCAUGGUGGGUCUGAUACUAAUAUAAGAACAGUGAGGAAACAUUACAAGAAACAUCUGAUACCAACCACAAACAAUAGUGCGGUAUUCAUCAUGCUUUAGAUCAGCUGCUGUAUCCUCACCAAACAGAAAAAAACGUUAUUUUAUUGAUGGAUUCUGUGUUGAACUCGUGUAGGCUAAGUCCUGAGUCCACAGUAAGUAAACCUGCAGUUUUUAAAAACCUUGAAUUUGUCAUUGCAGAUCUUGUGAAAAAGCUGGAGGAGCAGAAAGCUGAAGCGGAGCGACAACUGAAAGUCUUGACUCGACAGAUAAAGGUAAGACAUCUUUAACGUGCAGAUCCACAAAGCUUCCUUAUAUAACUGCUGUGGUUCCCGUUUUUUAGAUAUAAUUAAAGAACUUGAGCUUUUUUUAAAUGGAGAUGUCUCAGUGACUCACUCAGCUAUUUUCAUCAUGCAUCAUGUGACUGAGACAUCUGGGAUCAGGCUUACCUCUGCUGUACCUUCGUUGAAUCUUCUCUUUCUUGCUUUGUAUUUGAACCUUAAGCCAUCAUGGAGGAAAAGGUUUGAGAUUGAAUGAGACACUUUUAACAUGGUAUUAUGGCUUUGACAGGACCAGAACAUGACACAGAGAGAGUUUAUUUACAGAAGUCAUUUACAGUUAUAUAAUGAGUGUUUGAAACAGCAGAGAAGAAUCAAAUGUUUCAUGUGUGGUGAUGAUCUUAUCCUUUCGACUGAAGCCACAUUUCCUUGUCUGUAGCCAUCUCUCUGAGUAAUGAGCUAAAAAUAAACUUUUGAGUAACACAUUUUUUCCUGAUAACUGUCUUCAGAGUCAUCUAUCCCUGAAAUAUUUUCUUCUUUCAUCCAGUGGACAUUCCUCAAAGGCAGCUGUUGGUAUUAUUUUUUGACGGAUUUUGUUUGUUCACCUUGACUCUGUGUUUGUCCUUUGAAAUUAACCUACCAAGUGUUUUUCAUAAUAGAUAUUAAUGUCACCUCCUUGAUACUCAGUUUGUCUUACAGUCGUCUCUGUGAUCCUGGAAGCCUUUCAAACCUUCUUUCAUGUAUCUGCUAGACUUUUGAUACCUGGACAACCAAACUGUUCUAGUAGCUGAAACCACACUGGAAACUUCAAAACCUAAGCACAACUCAAGAGGCGCCGACCUUUUCCUUUACAAAACUAAAGAUAGACCCACAUCUCUUUCCUUUUAAUUCAGUGCCCAGGGAUCUCUAUUUUUUAUGUCUUUUGCCUGCAUCAAACCUGAAUGCACCUGUUGUUCUCUUUCCCUUUUGUGCUUCAGAUUCAAAGAGUUUUUGUUUCUUUUUCUGCUUGCCUGAAGAUAUUUUUGAAGUUCUCACCAGGAGUUUUUUUCCCCCUUUAUACUUCUGUUACAGAGAGCUGAAACUGUUGUGAAGAAAAAAAGCUAUGAUAUUCAAAAAGAUAACCUGUCACUAACUGAGUAGUUGUCCUGAGGGGUCAUGUAAUUUUUAUAACACUUCUCUGAAAACUUAACCUUUGUCGUCUUUAAAUGAAUUUAAAAGCGAUUGUUUCGUUCUGCAGAAUUCACAUGUCAUGUAUCAGAAUUUGUGGAGCUAUUUCUUGUUGACAUCCAACCAAAUGCAAAAUAUAUAUAGAGGUCAUUGAGUUAUUUCUUUCCAUGCUUAUCUUAAGUGUAUGUCUAUAGCUGCAACUACCUGAACAGUAUUCAGAAUAUCUGUAUGUUUGUGUCUGUAGGAUGAGAAAGAGGAGUGGCGUAGAUUUCAGGCGGACCUUCAAACAGCAGUGGUGGUGGCUAACGACAUCAAGGUGGAGGCUCAGCAGGAGCUGCGUACACUCAGGAGGCAGCUGCAGGAGGAGCAGGAUCGCAGUGCCAAGCUUUCAACAGACCUUGAGGCCCUGCAGGGAGUCAGGUACAGUCUUCACCGUACUCCCUCUUUUCUGUUUUGCCCUCGUCGAAAACCCCUUGACUCCCCCUGUUCAGCACUGGGCUGCAGCUCCUUUCUCUGUGAACACAAUGUGGAUGAUAUACCUGCCAGAGUCUUGCCAUUUCCUCAUCAAGGGUUUUUAAAAAUCUCCACUCUAUAACUCCAACAUCCAAGAAUCACUUACUAAGAGGCUUCCAAAAUUCCUGUUAUCAGCAAAGGUUUUUAGGGAUUUUUAGUUUGUAGCGUUUCACAAGAUUAAAUCUUUAGAGUUCAGAGUUCAAGUUUCUGGGAUUUGGCAGACUCUGUUGGUAAAUUAGCAGUCUUCUGCAGUAUUUCUCUCUGUGUAUUCUACUCUUUUAAGCUGCUGCCCUCUCUGUCUCCCUCUACCUCACUGACCAUAGCCCUAUAGCAACAUUCAAAACUCACGUUAAAUCAUAUUGCAUAGUUUAGAUGAUAAUAUCACAUGUUAAGGCAGACAGUCAUAAGCAAAGAGGCUGCUUUGAUCUAAGUUUUAAAGAUGCAACAUUGACGCCAGUGUUGCAUUGUCCUCACUGCACUCUUCAGCUAAAAUAUCUCACUCCAAUGUAUCCUGCUAUUUAAGAUUUCAUGUAGUGUUUCUGCACAGUGUGCAGCAUCUUGAUUGAUGUAUCUUUACCAUGCCUUGCAUUGGUUUGCGUGUGUUUACUGUUUAUAAGUGUUUUAUGAACGUGCAAAUGCUCUGGUGUUUUUCAGUUUGAUCCAUUACAUUAUCAUGCCAGGUCAGACACUCUCUGUGGCAGUGUUGAGAUUAGGGACUGUAAAGCACUUGUUUAGCUUGUGUGCCCAGUCAUGGUUUAAUCCUUUCAGCAAGAAUGAUCUGUAAAUGAUUACUUUUUUACUGUGUACUCUUCAAUCACAUUACAAACCUUACAAGAGUAGUUUUGUUAUGUAAGAAAUAGUCAUAUUUGGUGUAACACCAGAUAUGACUUGAUGAAACUGAAUACAGGCUCUGUGGAUUUAGAACAUUAUAUAACUGGUUUUAGAUUUUGGCUAAAUCAGUGAACUUUCCCCAAAGAUUAGCUGUUACACUGCGUCCGCUCCCAACCUCCAGCAGCUCCCUGUGAUGACUCUGUCAAAGAUGUCCCUCUGACACGCCUCUCUUUGUAAAGUCCAGGUAAGUCCCCUGCCCUGUCAGCCCUCUCUGAGCCAGCCUGCCUCUCCCUGCCCUCCCUGUGUGCUGCUGCUGCUGCUGCUGCUGUUCACUGACCUCCUUAUCUGUGUUUGGCUUCAUGUUGUUGCUUCAGCCUGUCUGAUUCUGUCUUUCCAUAUUGCCUAUUGCACAUUCAGGACUAUCUUUCCUCUUCAGUUUGCUUUGCCUUGUUCUUUGAACCUGAUGUUCAAGUAGAUGUAUCUGGUGCCACCUGCUGUUCUUUGAAUGAAUAACCCUCCAACUGUUUUGGAUGAAAAGCAGGAUGGUCUGCACCGCAUGACUGGAUAAAACUCAUGCAAUGCAUCAUCUGCUUCAGAUACAUUUGCAUAGAGUCUUCAUCACCGGGUGAUUUUAAUCAACUAGAUUUUAAAAGUGAUCUAAUUAAUCCAAUGAGGUAUGCAUGGAUCACGGUUAUUAAAAGUCCAGAAGUGCCUGGAAGACUGUGUCAUGAUAAAUUUUGGACAAAAUGAAAGCUAUGAGUUUGUGCUACAAAUGUUCAUUGCACUUGUAGUAUUAAAACAUGUGUUACACUGUUGUUGUUCAAGUGAGAGCUUCAGCCUUCUUUUUUUAUUUCUUUCCAGGUUAAGCACCGGAGCCACAUUUGAUACCAAGACAGCGGUAGAAGGGCACUAGAAGAGUGCCCGCCACCUCAGCACCAUGUGAAGACAGUGUUAUUGUUGCACUUAUCACCUUUCUGUGUCAUUUAAAAUGUGUCAAACAAGUCUCUUUAUAAUCCACAGUCACCAGUGUAGAUGCAGUACACCCAAAUCUUGUGACAGUGUGGAUUCUAUUUCUGUACAAUAAUGGUUCUCUGUUUUUAUUUCUCAGUGAAUGUAUUCUGUCUUUGUUCUUUUCUCAACCUCUGUUGAAGAGAUGCCAUUUGUUGGAAAGACUCUUUCAUACUGUGUGAAGCUGAUUUGUGCCUUUUGGAGUUGAGUUGACCGUGAGAAAUAACGUGUUCGAGGAUAGACCGUGACAAAAGCAGGAUGAAGUGCUAAAAUAAUUUGUUAUUUUAAGUCAGAGGUAAAGCUGCAACAAAAUCCUUGCAAGCUGGAAAACCAGUUUGUGCCAUUUCAAGGCAGAAACAAUACAGUAGAUUUUACCUGCAUGAUCAGUCUUAUAAUUAAUGACACAGUGAGGAAACAGGAAGACCUUUCUUUAUCAAUGUGUGUGUGUGUGUGAUGGACCUCAUUGCUUUUCCUGCAAUUACUGCCUUUUUGACCUUGGUUCGCUCACUCAAAACCUCGGGAUUCAUAAAAGUCCACUUAGAGAUUUCGAUUUGGGCUUUGGUCCCAGAGUUAGAAUUGAUGCAGUGUCACAUUUAGCCAGUAGGUGGCCUCAUAAAACACAUAAUUUGGAUACAGGUGAUAUACAUGUUGGCACGUCUGCUUUUGUACCGUUUGUGUUGUAUUUCUGUGGUUACAAAAUACCUUUUUAUAUUUCAGAUUGUUAAUUCUUUCCACUGGUUAAAAAAAACAGGAUAAUUUUGAUUAAAGCUAUUUUAGUUAAUCCAGAGCACUGCCAAAAUUAGACUGUAGGACUGACACAGACUACUGUACCUCAGAGUAACAUUUUACUCUCCUCAAAUGUACCAAAAGGUUGAUGGUCCAAUUUAACACAAAGACUAAUACUGUGCCACAGGUUCCUGAAUACAUUAGUCUCUCAUAAAGAACCACUGUGAGAUGAUGAGUUGGAUUAAUUUUUGGACUGCAUUUCUCAGCAACAGUAGUACUGACAAGUUAAUAAAAUCAACCACAUAGACUCUCAAUCAGGGUGUGAAACCAGUUUACGAUCAAUCCUGAAUCACUGCUCAACAUUUUCAGAGACGUUUUCAACAUCCCUCAUAAUGUAUCAGAUCCUGAAACUUUUUGAUGUCAUUUUUAUUUCGUCUUUGAGCCAAACUUACACAAUAGUCUGUACCGUUGUAGUGUAAACAUGUACAUCCAACAUAUUGUGGAAUCUCAGGUUACUCUCAAAUUUGUGUUUUUGACAAGAUAUCAAAUUCCUGCAUUUUAAUUUAAAGCCAUAUUUGUAUACCACGUAUUUAGAUACUGGUGCAUACAAUGUCAACAUUUGGAUACAUGUAGAAAAACAUGAGAUGACAGCAGUAUGAUAGGUGUUUUUUUUUCUCUCUCGCUUUAGUAAAACCCUUUAAUGAACAAUACAGUGAAUGUGCUGUUAAUUUAUACUGCAAAGAAAGACUCAAAAGUCUUGUGACUGUUGUUAUGCCUGUGAAGGAGUACAUUGAAGUGUAUUGUAUGAUUGUUUGACCAUUGUUCAUUGGAAAAAUGAAUAAACGAAACUGCACCAGUUCCACUAUGGUUGAGUAUCUCUUCAAAUCGACACUUGGUGGAAAUAAACUGUAUGCAAUGUUUGAGUCAGAAACUCCUGAAUCAUUCCCUCCUAAUCGAUUACUGUUAAAGAUGAUCCAGAUCCCUCACUCUGUAGCCUUCAGUCCAAAGUUCAUCAGUGGGUUUAAAGUGCUUAAAGUUUUGAUAGGUCCUAUUUGGUAUUACAACAUUUAAACCUUAUUUUUAAUUGAAAGUUUUUAGUGUUCAAACUUUAAAAUUAGAACUUAAUCAACCUGCCAGAUCAUCUUUUUAAAUAAGCACUAAAGAGAGGGUUUAAUGUCUGAUCUCCCCUUGGUGUAUCUUCUGUAUAUGUCUCUACACAGCAAUCCCUUUCCAUUGUGUCUGUCAGGUCCCAAAGUGAUGAGCUGAGGGUGGCCGACUCCGAUAUCAGCCGUCAUUGGUGCGGCAUCUCCAUGAUCCCAACCCCACCCACAGAUGCCAGCGGGGAUACCACCUCAGAGCCCGGAGCUACUGUCAAAUCCCUCAUAAAGUCCUUUGAUACAGGACAGAGUGAGCAUCCAGCACCUGAAUACACACACACACGCAGACACACAUACACAUACACAGAUGGAAAUUCCAGCCCAGCAUAAUAUAACUAUAGAGGACAACAGCUGGUGAGAUCUACAGCAUGGAUAUCUGUCCAUUGUUUGCAGCAAAGUCACGUCUAGUCGUCUAAAGUUAUCAUGCUUGAGCUGACCGCAGACAGGAUGAAGGGUGUAUCUGUUUUUUAAAUCAUUUGAUGGCUGUUCAUAAAUGUAUGAGUUGGAUAAAUGUGUAAUUAAUGAGGAGAUAAUUCUCCUUUAAUAGUUUUAGUUACAGCAGUUCUGUUGAAGUGUCAGAUUUUGUUCAUGUUUCAUUUUAUGUUAAGAUAAUAGGAAAUUAAGCUGGUUUUAUACCAGGAUCAAUACAUUACAUAUCUACUCAAACAUUUUAUUCAUUUAUCUAUUUAUUAGUUAACCAAAUUAUCUACAAACACCAGAAACACAGACUAGAUAACAUUCACCUUAAAAUUAUUGAUCCACUGACACACACACACCUCCCUACCAAAAAGGAUAAAUGAUUAAAAGAGAAAAAAAUAAAUAUUUGAUUUAGCAAAAUUCUAGCUGGCUUUCUGACUGUCUUGUUAGCUGUAAGUACAAUUAUAUACUAAAGUUCUGCCGUAAUGUUUAUCUGGUCAAAGCUGUAAAAUGUUUUUAUUUUCUGAUAUGUUUGCUGCCAAAAUCUUAGCUGUGCAGUAUCUCACUGGACCGAAUUUUCAUAUGAGGUAGCUACAGUAUUUUGAGCUGUGUCCUUCUCAUGUAAAGAAGAGGUUUGCAGACUAUUAGAAUUACCUUUUCAUACAUUGCAUUUCAACACAACAUUGUCACUUGAAAAUGUAAACCCAUAUCUUACUCUCUCAACAAAAGCUUGACGAGGAGAUUUACUUUAUGACAUUAUACUUACAUUACAUUGUAUAAGAAAGAUCAAUUACAACACAAAAACAAGACAACACAAAUCAUCAGAUACAGUGUAGUUAGUAAUACAACUGUCAAAUGAUCACCAUCAGAUUUUAACUUUCAGAAAGUGUUUUUCCACUCUGCUGUUGGCCGAACUAUUGUUUGCAAUACACUGUCAUGUUUCUCUGAUCCUGUUUUAAACCUUUGGUCACUUUUCCUACUCCCUGCUUUGUCUUGAGCCGUACUAAAAAUACAGCGGAAGUCACUGUCUGUCACCUCUUUGGAACUUCAACCAAAUGACACUAAAAUAGCUGCUUUCAUUAUGUUUGUUUUGGAGGAACAUUCACUUCCUUUUUCUAAGAUAGAGCUGUAUUUCAUUUCAUCCCUGAGGAGUUUAUUUUGUCAGUAAUCAUACUGAAGUCAUUACAUCGAGUGUCUGUUCACUGAUGUAUUGAUGCUCAGUUCUCAGCGGGUGUCUUAUCUGAUCUUUCAGAUGGACCAGCCCACACAGUUCAAAUGCAUUCUUCACAAAGAAGCCUACUCAGUGGGAUCCCUGUACGCACUGCACCUGCUGCAGCUGUCUCUCCAAUCCAGGUAUACAUCGACUUAUUACCCUUCUUUAAAUAGCAAGCAGAUCAACUGUGAGUCAACCCACGUUCAAAACUCCAGUAUGACAAGAUUCCUGUGUUGGCUUCUGUCCCUCCAGAGACAGACGUUCAUAAAGCCUCUGUCCAAGGCUUUGGAGAAAAGAAUCAAUCAUGGGGAAUUCGCUCAUCAAUAUGGUACGACACAGAACUUUUUGAAUGGAAAUUUGUGGUAUUUCGUCUACAACAGGAUAAGAGUUAUAGAUAACAGAUGAAUGGCUGUUCAAACAUAUCAGCUUUCACAGUCAUACUGAAACAGACCUGCCAAAGUCCCACAAUGAGUCAGUAUCUUUCAAAAUGAGCAAGGCUGGAAAUGUCAGAAGUUCCUCACAGAGUUUGAUCAAUAGAUGCUGUUGUUUUAUGAUUUAGUUCUGACAAAGUAAAGACUGUAAAUGCAGUAGCUGAGCUCUUAAACUGUACCCACAGUGAACAGAUGUCUCUGCUCCUUCUUUUAUGACCUGACCUAAACAUAAAGUGACCAGAGCACCUAAACUAGGGAGGUCCAACAUUACAUAUUCCUCAUCUAGAAAUUCAGCCAUUAAUCCUGCAAUAGAUUAAUGACUGAAUUUCAGAUGCUAGUUCCAGUAAAUCACAUUGAAUAAGUGAAAUGCUGAUAUCAGUCUGAUUAGCUUCACAUGUACGCAUGACUCAUAGGUGUUGGCUCAAUAGUAUGUCCAUUUUGGCCCAAAGUACAUUUUACUUCAAACUUGUCAAAAGAGCUGUCAGUUUUUAGAAAGAAAUGUGACCUUCAACAGUAUAGUCAUUACUGUUGCUGUUUGUCAUUAGUUAGCAAGAAGACACUGCAGCUUGACUAAGGUGUGCCAAAAGGGACAAAAAAGGGUGCGAUUAACAAACACACAUUAGUUUCACUCCUUAAUUGCAUCAGGAUUAAUGUACUGACAGCAUUGUUUGAAAUAUUUUCUCGUAAUGGUUUUUGUGUGUGACAGUGUAACUCACUAAAUCAGAUGAAAUAAUGAUUAAAAGCCUCACAGCUCUGAUCUCAUUUACCUGUUAGCCAACUUAUCAGUUCUCCUUAGGUGCAUUUUGUCAUGGACGGAGGCUACAGCAAAGACUUGUCCAGACAAGAUAGAGACAAAGGUCUUUAGGCAGGGUUAUAUUAAGUCAGAAAAAAGCAAGGCUAAAAAGAUGAGGUAACAGACAUCUAAAGAUAUACCUUAGGUCACACAUAUUAAUUUAUGAAUCAAUUAAAUUUAUUUUGUUUUUAUUCCCUUGUCCUGAAUAUUUUUGACAAACUCAUAUUUGUGUUAUAACCUUACUUCUGCUUUAUAGAAUUUUGAUUCCUCCAUCUGUUAUCCACUCUUUGCCUUUGCCUCCCCCCUUUUCUCUCUGUCCUUUGCUUUCCCAGACAAACUGUCGGGUUGCGUCGAAGAUCUCAAACCCACCGGCCUAAUGAGGAAGAGCCCUUCACUGGAGUCUGUAAUCAAAACGCCAGCCUCAUUUAGCAGCCGCACAGCCCCCUUCAGCUAUAACCGAGAAAACAGCAAGCUCAGGUGGGCACACCCUGAUUAACAAGUCUGUUUUCUGAGGUAUUUGAAUAUAACUGUGGAGGUGUUUUUGGGAAUGGUGUCACAAUCUGAACCCCCUCCUUUACUCUAGAAUUACAAAUACCGUAAAUGGUGCACCUGUGUUUACAUAAUGACUUCUCAUUUUACGCCACAAUGGUUUUGUUGUAUUUGCAGGAUAUCAAAUGGGGGAACAAACUGAAUGAAAUGACUAAAUGAAACCAGGCCUUUUUCUGAGUUUUCAUUCUGACACUAAUAUGCAAAUCUUCUCUUACCGAUCCAGAAAUGUCAACAGACAUGUUAAUAUCUCACUAGUCUCAUACUGAAUUUUAAGACUUAGUUUAUUUCUUGAUUAAGAAAUUUAUUUUACUGGUACUCUAAAAUGUUGGUAUGAUGUGAUAGCUACAUGUCAGUAGUCAUAGUUUGACUUCUGUAAAAAAAAAUACUGCUUUUUUUCCUACAGCAGAGAACAGUGGUGUAAUCAUGACUGUUUUUUUCAUCAGCUGUGAAAUCUUGUGAAUGUACAGCCUCAUAUGACAGACUUUAAAUAGUGGCGGUGUUUUGAGACACAGCACAGUCUCAACACAGUGGGUGGAGUGUUUGCUUAUCAGAAAAGAAUGAGAGAUGGACGUUAAACAAACAUGGUUUCACCUUCUGUGAUGACUGGCUGUCACUUUACUACAGAAGCCGCUCCUCUCUGUGUUUACUCAUAAAUAAUCACUUCUACUGUAUGUCAAGCUUUCAAUAUCACUCAACUACAACUGCAGCAGGUUACACAUGUGAUAAAUGACUCAGUGUGUUAGUUGACAUGUUAUCAGAGUGGGACGGUGAGGAUGAGGCACUCAAAUACUUAGAAUCCUACUGGGCAACACACCCGCAGUACCAAGAACACUAGGUUUUGUUUACAUUAAUACACUGCACUGUCAUUGACCUGGGACCUAGAGAACCUGUCUGCCCAGCCUCUUCAUCCUAUAGUCUCCUGACAUGACUAAACUCUCUAUUCUUUAGCAUCUGUGUUUACAGCAUUGUCUAUCAGUGUCCCUCUGACUGUUCACUGCUUCACUGUCACUUUAAGACCUUUUGUACAUUUAAAAUUGCGUAUGUUUCACUUUUUCAAACCCGUUCACUGACCUUUUAUAGAGUUAUAAUCUCGCAGCAGUCUCUGCUUUGAUUAAUGUGUACAUUAUUUGUUUAGACUGGAUCUCACUGCAUCCGUGACUCAGACGGAGAAAUAAUGAAUUUAACAGCAGAGCUGCACUGACGUGUGAAAUGUUUACCAUGCACAGAGCAAUGACCGUGUCUCAUGGUCUUCCCAUGGCCUCAGCUCCAGCACAAACCCCAGGGAGGACUCCCUCUGAAUAACACCAAUCAUUUAUCAGACUUGUUAUGUUGUGAUCAGCAUAGUCUUUAGUAACACUUGAGCUGAGCUUAUGGAGGUAGACUGACAGACUUAUGUAGGGGGCUACGCUGAAGCUUAAGAUUUGGCAAUUACAGCCAGACUGAAUUCUGGGCUUUGUACUGUUGGCUUCACUCCAGAGUAAUCCAAAGUGAACUCUGGACUAAAAUGAAAACAAACCAAACUUCAAAGAUGGUUUGAUAUCAAAAUUAUCAGACGAGAUCAAGUGUUUCCUUCCUGUGAUAUCUGAGAUAUGCUAAAGGAUUUGGACAUUAGAUAAAACUGGAGGAUGAAUGGAGAGCAUCAGAGAAAUUUUCCAAAAAGUUUUUUUUAAGAACAUUUUUUUUCCCCAGUUUUCCAGAGAUGAAUUUUCAUUCUUUCUUAAAAAUGGUGCAGACUUUUGCCAGUGGGUGUAAAGAUCCUUUUAUGUAAGGAUGUCUCUGUGUCUACAGUCUAUUUGUUAAGCUUUGGGGUUUUGUAAUACAACAUCUGUUUUGGAUUGGAUGCUUCAAACACUUCACAAGUGAUAAAUUAACCAGUGAGACAAUUUUAAUGCCUGAUGGUUGUUUUCUGUUAACUUGUUUGACUCAUAUGUGGCAUUGAAUGGUGUUUGUAGCUCAUAUCUGGACCGGUUUUCAUUUUUUUUGGUCGAGUUAGAAAUGCAGUACUUCCACAAUAACAAGGAUAAAAGGUUAGGGUCCCUCAAGCUCCACUUUCAGACAUUUAGACACUUUUUUUAUUUAUUCCAGAGUAACAGCAGAACUAGUUUUGGACAUUUUGAAAUCAUUUCAUGAGGAGGACUUUGUGUCUGGGAAAAUGCUAACCUAAGUGAACAGGGCCUUGAACUAUGAAGCAUCAGAAAUCUAACAAUUAUGCUUAUGAAACUUGGGUGCAUUGAAGUUUUUUGCAAGGCUAAUCAGAGAUUAAACUUCCCAAAGUCUGAAUGACAAACUCUAACUGCCCUUGUGUCUGUCUCUCUCUGUAUGUGAUUGCGGUUUGUGUUUCCCUGGUGACAGUGUGGAAAGAAAGGACCCCUUGGCUGCACUGGCGCGGGAGUAUGGAGGAUCUAAGAGAAACGCUUUACUGAAGUGGUGCCAGAAGAAAACAGAAGGCUAUCCGGUAGGGAUCAGAGGCCAGAGCCCUCUCUCAAGUACAAGUCAGGCUCAGUCCACUUUCACACCCUGCUUUUCUCUGCAUCGUUAAACUGCACUUAUGCGUAUUGGUUUGGGUUGUCUCUGGGGUUCAGAACCGUUUUUAAUAUAUUUAGCCAUCACUGAGGUGUUAGACUGUGGUGGCACAUAGCUGUGCUUGCAGACACACCUGUCAUCUCCCUGGAAAUAUGAAGUCACUGUGGUGCUGAGGUAAUGGAAACAAUGAAGCAAAGCACUCAGCGCUAUAGACACACUGGAUUUAUUCAUGUGUGUGUGUGUGUAUACAGCUACCUUUGCUUUUGUGCAGGUCCACUUGUUUAUUUAUUGUUAUCGUGUUGUGUCCCCAUCUGUUUUCUCUGUUUCCAUGGAGCCAAGUGCUGACAAUCACCAAGCUUAGCUGCUCCCCUUAAUACCCAGUUUAAGGAUCCCAUUAAACUCAGGAGGAUUACUGAUUUGCCAUGUAAUCAUCAUGUUUAUGCGCCAGCAUGCCAGCUAAUGCUAAAACUCUUACUGCUAAGUAGACUGGUGCCUGCAUGCAAACUCUAGUUUUUUUUUUUUUGUAGGAGGAGUCAUUCCAGCCCUCUUUUCAUUCUGCUAGAAAAUUAACAGUAGUCAUAAACACAAGUGAUGACGUUACUGUGCUGUUUAGUCCAGUUAUUAACAUGGCUCUGGCAUGACUGAGUAUGAGAAGUCUCUUCUAAAAAUAGAAAUAGCUCUCUCUGCAAUAAACUGCCUCAAUAAUUGGAUCAACUGUUAGUUUAAUAGUUUCUAUUUCUCAGGCACAAGAAUCUCAGUGUACCCUGAGUCACCCUUCCUUCUCUUGGGGUCAAUUGUUUGAUGCUUACACUCCCUGUUUGUCAGUAAAUCACACAUACACAGAAGAUCCUCUGUGAUGGAAAUGUCUGAGAAGAUGAGAUAAAACUUGUGCUCAUCAACAGAUAGUCUGCUGACCGGUUUAAAGAGUUUGUUAUGUCAGCUCAGUCACCCCCUUCAACAGCUGACAUAGUGCAUUUUGAUAAUGCAAACAGUGUUUGUGUUAUUAUGCAACAAAAACAUAGCCAGUAGCUAAUUUGAAGAUGUGUUUAGCUGUUAAACCUCUGUUAACUGAGGCAUUUACUACUCUGAACUCUGGACAGUGAGCCAUGCCGAGCAUAGCUGUAUGUGAGCAGCUGGUGUCCUCUGAUUCAGAGAGGAUCUUAAAUACUUACCCAGUCCUACUCAUGACAGAAGCAGUUUUCUUAUAUUAUAGGCAUGGACGUACAGUUUAGACAUCUGCACCACCAGGUAACUUAGGAUCUCUUUUGCUCUCCCAACAGGACAAAAGUUUCUCUUCUUUCUCUCUCGUUGGGUCUGCUGGGUCUCGUUCUUUCUCCUCUGUCCUUCUGUCCUGCUGUGUUUGCAGAAAAUGAAAAAUCAUCAUCACUGUCAGAAUCAAUCAACUUUAAGUUUGGCUGUGUUUUUGCCUUUUUUGAAGCCCAUAGACCUAAUCGAUCAGUGCACCACAGGCAGAGGAACAUGUGUGUCACAUCAGCAAAUCAACUAAGUGGCUUUCUGACGGCCAUUUAAAGUAUUGAAAAUUUCCAGAGUUCACACUUGUACUAACAUAGGUAUGUAAAUAGGAGUUUCUUUAGUGAUGCUUCUUACCUCUUGUUGUGCUCCUGUUGUCAUUUGACAGUGAAAUGUUUCACCCACUGUUAAUUAGUGCCAUUUAAAUGUAAAACAGGCUGUUACUUAAGCCUGCUGAUAAUCAUCUGAUCUGACACCGACCCACUCACAGCAGCUUCAGGCAUUAACAGUAACAACAGCGAAAUGAUCAGACUUGUUGCUGGUGGUCUUGUAUGCUUUUAAGGGUCAUAGAGAGGCAUCAGAAUCAGAUUCAGUCUGUUUCUCAAUCAGUUCAAUUUGAUCUUAAUUACCUUUUAUUGAACUCAUCACAAAAGUCUAUGAUCUACGUCAGUUUCUCAUGUGAAGGGCCAAGCUGACUGACAUCCUGUGGGUACAACACCAAAUACGGACUAAAACCACACACCACAUCAAUUAAACGAUCCCUUUAAAGUCUUUAACUGCAUUUUUUUUCACAUUAUAUGGCAUGGGUUUGACUAUUUAGACAUGACAAUUGAAACUUAAUGUCUGAAGUUGCAUCUUACAUAAGGUUUGACAUUUCUCCAGAACUGCAGAGUAGAUUUAAUGCUGCCAAAUUAAAAAAAGUUUUUUUUUAAUGAAUGAAUGUAAUUAAGGAUUAUUUAUACCCUUUCAUUAUUGUGUGAGUUUUUCUGUUAUUAAUCCUCUAUGACUGGUCAGAUGUAGUUUGAGACAUGAAUAUGCACCAUACUUAUUUGUUAAUCAUAUACAUUUUAGCAUUACUCUACCAGAAAUACUGUUUUUUAGUACGUAUGUAGUUUUGUUUAUUCGUGGUACUUGUGUUUGAGCAUCCUCAAACGCAAAUUACUGUGAAUUACGUUAUUUCAGUAACUUACACCACUGACUCAGUCUGAAGGUACUCUGGUGAAAUAAUGACCUUAGAGCGAUCACAGAUAAUCUAGGUUCAGUCUAGGAUGAUUGAGUCCCUCAACAUGCAACCCUCACACGAGCCUCAGCCCCGUUUAACCAGGAACUUAUGAUCCGCUCUCACAAAGGGCUUAGAAACACAGUGUGAUUACUUACAAGUAUGAGGAAUGCAGUAAGAAGAUUUGGCUGUUUGUGUGUUUCAGUCUGUGGCAUAAUCUGUCUCCUCAUGGAGAAACUGUUCCUUGACUGGAGCUCUGGUCCUUCUUGUUGAUACAGUUUCUCCACUGAUCCUCCCUGUGUGCAUUUUCCAUUGAAAAGUCAUUAAUAAGACAUCUAUGGUCAAGUGGUUGAAAAGUGAAAUCUUUCCCAAUUUUUUUUAAAGAAGUUGAUUAAACAUGUAUGUUUGCACCACAUUUUUACACUUUAAUGAAUUUCUUUUACAAGACAUAACUUUCCACACUUGUUAAUUUUCAAAUCAUAUCUAUAUACAGAUAGCAAAAAUGAAAUGACAGUAACAAGUUUUGUUCCAUCAACAUUUAAUGUGCAAGUGUGCCACUCUUUAUUGGGAAACAUUGAGAUCUUUCCAGAUCUUUCACCAUCAGAAACCGAUCAUCUGUCUCAGCAUCCAAGAGUCUCUCAGCCUUGGUAAUCAGAGCUGCACAGCCAAAGCACCUGCUCAUGCCCAGUUUCUUAUUUAGCUUUUUCUUAGGGAAACCACUCCCUACAUGGUGCUUUCUGGGCUAUCUGACUGACCUGUGAUUGGAUCCAUUCUUAAACUCUAUUUUCAGCACAAUUGUGGCUGUCUUUAUGUUAUAUUGCUUUGGAGAACAAUUGUUUAUGGUGCACAUCUAUGUACUGCGUCAACACAGAUCUAUGAAUGAGUAAUAACUUUGUAUGGCUAAAAGAUAAAACAAGCCUUUUUUUACUUGCCCAUUGGAUCAAAUUUCUUGGGAGCAUCUCAGGCAAAAUAAUUUCCGGGAUAUUCUAUACUCUUGUCGUAAAGUUUGGUUUUCCCGCAGAGAUCUCUAAGCACAUCUGUUGCUUCGCUCUUAAACUUAAUUCAUUUUCUGUUGAAUUCCUCCACCUUCCUCAGGGAUUAUCCGGGAUGCAUGGAUAUGUGCUGUAUAUUUAUGAGGGUGAUGUUGCAUUUGGAACAGAAACAGCAGCCCAGUUAAGUGUUUCUCUGCUAUGUGACCAAAUGCCUCUGCUUGAGCUUCAUAUUGAGCUAAGGAGAAAGGCUUGUUGGGCUUCAUAUGUCCACUAAAAGGUCAGGCUGUUACAGUGUUAUGAGGCCUGUGUCCUCAAUGAACCGCUAAUUGUGGGCUUUAAUGCUUGGACAUGACUGAUCUGUCACACUGAUCGUAGUCCAUGACGGCACUGGCACACAAAGUAUGGCCAUCUCUGCGGUACAACCACUUUCAGCUUGCCUUCUGUGAAUCCCUGUCUGCCACUUGUUCUUUUAUGAUAGGUGAGAAGGUUAAUUUCUAUCAGUAUAUCCACAUGCACUUUACAGUCCCCUGUGUCUCGGCUGUGGAUGUAUGUCAGAUGGGUUAUAAGUCAACACUAAUUGGCUCUUUAGUCUAGAUUCACCACCCUGUAAUAUAUCUUUAGUCUCUCCAGGCUACAUAAUUAAUGGUCACUUUGAAGAGGCAGCUUUGACAAUCCCUGCUCACUUUCCAUCCUCCCUCUGUUUUCAAACGCUGGAGUCAGGAAACAAGCUCUUAUAUCAUGCUCAUCUGCCAGAACGGAGCCAGAAAAGCCGCUGUGUGAGACGGGGGACAAAGCCGAUGGGAGGAUCAGCCGUGUGCCAGUUGUUAUUACAGUCCUAUUGUUGGUGGACCUUUUGGUCAAAUAGCAGCCUAAUUAAAGUGAAACAGAAAACGGGAGCUAUUGUAAGUGUGCAGGCAGAUUAUUUGAUGAUCAGGUGCAAAUAACUGCUGAGGGCACAGCAAAUCUGUGUGAUUAUAGCUGCACACAAAGCCUGAUGUCACAAUUAGCCUGUUUACUGUGAUCAAUAGAGGGGAGGGAGGGAGAGGUGACUGUAAUAAUUGCCAUGAGCAGAUGAAAUAAGACUGCAGUGACAUGGUGUGAUUUACUAAAUAGGCUUAAAUAAAGCCUUUCUCAUCUUGGAUAAAGAAACACGUUUUUCUGCUAUUGUAUUUUAUUUCCUGACACUAUAGCACAUAUGGUUGAUAAGAAGGAAAGCAUGGUGAUAGCACUAACCAUCGCCUACGUGCCUUGAAGCAUGCAUCAAGUUCAGCUGCAGGUGUAUGUCCGUAUGAUCCUGUGAGUGUGUCGAUAAGAGCAUGUGUGUGCCAUAUGUAUCUUUUCUCAGGAGACUUUAGAAUCACAAACACGACUAAAGGAAAGAAAAAGAAAACACUGUCAAUGACAUUCAGGCAAAAAAAAACAUACACACGAAAGAUGACGUGGUUUUAUUCAUGAGUGUUUACCCACCAUCAGACUUCAUACCUCAAUAAGGCAGAGGUCCUUAGAGCAGUUAAAUACCUGACCAGUGCGCAACUCACUAAGAGGAUGAGAUGUGAGCCCAGACAGGCUCUUUCACACCUCAAAUGUCAGAUUCUGGGAAGUGCAGAUCGAUCAGAGAAGACCUUAAGCUGCCUCUGAUUGACUCUGCCCUGUGGGAGAAACUGAAGGGGCCUCACAGGAAAUUAGAAAUCACAGGGGACUGUGUGCACAUCAGCACUGGGCUGCACUCAGACUUAAAACACAAGACCACUUUGAAACAUCUUCUGUUUAUAGUGGUUUCAUAGCAAUUCACAAUUUUCUGAAAUGUGAUGCUGCACCGCUAAAACUGUAUAUAUUGGUGUAUAACAUUUUCUGCAGAUUUCAGACCAUGAGGCAUAAUGAUCACAAGGCUUUUAGUGUUUUUUGUGGAGGAUGUUGCAAAAUCUCACACCUUUGUGUGUAUUUUUUAUUGUGUUUGAACCCUUUACUGACAAAGCGAAAACUCGUAACUUAUUAUGAGAGACUUUGACGAUCAGCUCUAGGCUGGGUUCAGAUGCUCCUGGUCUGGAACAAGCGCUGACUUGUAAGAAGAAAAUCCAGUUUAGGAAAAAAACUGCAGAACUGCACUAAAUGCCAACAGAAGACCAGAAAAAGAAAGAAAAAAAAGGUUUGUCUCCUUUCAGUCUAUGACUAAAAGACAGCUGCUACUCGACAGAGAUGGGUCAAUUCUAUCCACUUCUGCUCUAAACUGAUAAAUGAUCUGGAAGCAGAUUUCAGAGGUGGCUGUUAAAAGAUAUAGAAAACCUGAUUAAAUCCAGGCAGGACUGAAGGCCCUAAAGAUUCAGGGUAGAAUAAUGAAGGGGAAAAUUCAGUGCGCUUAAUUAUUCCUAGACUCUUAGACUUCAACAGAGACAGGUUUAACUUAUUAAAAUAAAAGAUUGGUUUGCUGUCAUUUAAUGCAGCUAAUCCAGAUAUUGAGCUAUGUGUGUGCUCAUUGAUGGGCAGGCCCUCUUCCUUUGUACCACAGGUGCAGACCUCCUUUGGCUGCAGGAGUUGCAAACAACAAAGAGAAGUUUUGACUGAAACUACUUUGAAACUGUAGCUUUGUAGGAGCCAUAAUGUUCCUUUGCUGAUUGGUUAUCCUGUGUUCAAUUACUUUUGUCUGGUUGCCAUUGGUUUCACUAGGUUUCAGGUCACAUGGACACUGUGUUUGGUAGCUGUAAUUUUUGUUGACCGCGCUUUAUGUUCUUUGUUUGCUUUGAUACACUUCGCAAAGUGUACACAUAUAACAUCUGAUGUGCGCGUGUAAAUCAUUGGCCACUGUUGAAGCGUUUUUUUCUGUUAUUAAAGCUCUAAUAACUCGCUGAACUGUGAGUGCUUCUUUGGAACAGCAGCAGUGUGUCACACAAAUGUACAGGACCUAUUCCCUGCCGCAGGCGACUUUUUUAAGGGACUGGGAAAGCAGCAAUAAGCUUUAAGUGUCAAUAAGACAAAGAAUAACAUCUGGUUUGGUGUAUAAUAAUCUGUGUCCAAGACUGGUUUGCACUAGUCUUGCAUAAGUUCAAACGUAGCCGAGUUAAAAUGUGAUUUCUAAUUCAGGAUGGAGUUAACAUUCACGUUUUAGGGUUGCACCGGCUCGAAUAGUCAUCUAGCGCCUAUAUAUCUAGAAUAGAUGUUCAGUCCUUAUUAUUUUUAAAGAUAAGAUAGAACUCAUGAUAGAUUACAUCACUUGAAAAUGUGUGAUGACGUUCGUCUGUAGUUGACAGAUUUAAGGUAAUUUUAACUGUUCCUUGAGCUGUUAGCCUGUUUAAAGACAAUCAGACAUGAGAGCACUCACACUUACACCCAACAGUCAAGAUGAAACUAAUGGUGAAACCAAACUAAGGAACAUAUUACAGACUAACUUGUGUCCAGUUGUGGUACAGGAUGGACUCUACACCCUAAAUUUAGACAGCAACAGGCCAUAGGCCACAUCAGGUGUUUCAAGAGGGGGAAGCAAAGUACAAUCUGUGCAAUUUGAGGUGAAAAUUAAAGCAUAUAAUAAAUAAAAGACCUGUGACUUGUCUCAUUGGACUUCCAGCUCUGUGUCACGUUGACUACCAGUGACCUUUUCCUCUGCUACAACUUUGCUUUGCUAAUUGUGACAGUUCUCCAAAAGGUCAGUGUUGCAGAGUUUUCACAUCCACGAGCUGCUCAUUGUAGAAGAUAAAUAGGACUUUUGCAGUAGGUUAAUUUCCUUUCACUUCCAACAAAUUUGUAUCUUGUAUUCAACACUUGUCUGGAUUUAGAGAUAUGAUAGAUGUUCAGUUAUGGAUCUGAACUCAGCCUUGAACAGAGUGAACUAUUUAAGUGUAGGGGUUAAUGAAUGACAAUGUCUAGACAUUUCAUUAACUGUAUCAACAACUCACAUAGCCGUUACCUUCCUGAUUAAUGCCCAGAUGUUACCAUAGUGUUCAUUCAUGGUCAUUUUAGCCGCUCUCCUCUUGAAGGUCGGGUCUACUGGAAAAGAGAAAAACCUCAGGGCCUCUGUAUAUUUAUCAGGCACUUUGAUGUCUUAAUUUAGAACUGCUCUGGACACUUUUUUAAACCUUUUUUUUCCUCAAUUAACCAAAGAAGUUAAACAAAAAUAAAUGUGCUGUUUGUUCAGGAUGGGAACAAUGAGCAAAGGCUCUGGACAUCAGGCUCAGCUGGGUCUGACAGAGCACAGGUCAUCCGGCCUCGUCUGGGAAACACACACACAGUCUCUCUCUCUCUCUCUCUCUCUCUCUCUCUCUCUCUCUCUCUCUCUCUCACACACACACACACACACACACACACACACACACACACACACACACACAAAGCCAUUAAAGAGAAAGGAAUGGCCCCUGUGUGAGUGAGGAAUGGAGGUCAGACAUCAAGGUGAAGCCGAUUAUGAGAGUCCAAGAGUAAACAACAUUGAAAGCUCUUAUAAUGUAGAAUUAAUAUCAGUAAUAACAAACACCAGAGUUGAAUAAUAGACUAUAAGAGAUCAAGAGAGCAGGCUGACUGUAGUUACAAAUAAAUAGAGACUAUUUAAGAUUCUUCAAAUUAUCUACAAUAGUGAUUAAAUGUUCAAUAUCUAGAGCAAGAACUGAUUCAGUUCUGUCUCUAAAAGCUGGGAUCAUUUUCAAGUCUUGGUCUAGAUUUUCAAGAGAUAAAAGUACCAUGAAACAUCACUACCACAUACAUUUAUGAAAACACAGCAAGAGACAAUACAGAUAAAAUACACAGAUAUCUUAUUAGCUUGAUCUUUAUCCAAACAGUUUAAAAAAAACGAUGAAAUAUCAACUAUACUUGAUCUGAAAUGACAGGAUGCGCUCCAUGUUAAAGAUAUAUUGAAAUGUUUACACCUUUGACCCAAAGUGGACACACAGCUGUAUACAUAUAAUAUAAUAUCAUACAUUGACCUAAAAGAUAAUAAAAGAAAAUUUAAAAAGAAGGAGUAUCUGACUGUCUCUGAAAUGCUUGGUCAUGUUUAUGGACUUUACACGGAUAAAAAAGAAAAAGCUCAGCAAUAAAAAUCUCUCUUAUAUGACCUCACUAUUACUCCAGGCUACUUCUUGAUAUGAUUAUCUGAUAGGUGGACAUUUUCAAUCAAAGGCUGAUCUGACAUAAAGCACAGUGAUAUAUACAUGUUGUUGUGCCCUCUGUGGUCUGUGUUGUCCUCUCCUCUUUGUGCCCUGUUGAAUCUGCAGAGUUGAUCCAUUAAAUGUAUAUAGAGGCAGUCUGAAUCUAUAAAGCAGUGCAGCUCCCCGACCUUCCCUGUGCCUUCUCUUUAUCUCCUUGGUCCCUCCUGCCUAGGCUUUCAGCCUGUCAUUGCUCAUGACUAUGAUUCAUUGCACGGUCCAUUAAGACUCCCCCCUUCCCUCCCCUAUCAGUCUCUCUUGUUCCCGCUGUUUCAAACUUUCUCUUGUCAUUUCUGUUGUCCCCUCCUCUCUUCAUCUUUUUUCUGUUCAUACUGUUUUGUACAUGUCUUCCUUUCCUGUCAUCCUUUGUCUUUUGUCAUCUUGGCCUCCUACCUGCUGGGGUAGAGGGAUGCCAGGAUAGGAAAUAUACUGAGACUAGCUCAUCAAUCUGAAGACUCUUUCAGGCUCCAUGUCUCCAGCUUUUCCUCUUAAGACUAAUUGCUUUUUAGCAAACUCUGUGUGCAUGUGCAUGUGUGUAUGUGUGUGCGUCUUGGUUGUUAUCCAUCACAUUCAGCUCUGUCUUCUGUGAGUUGCAUGUGCUUUGCUUGAGCUCAAUAUUGCAACGAUGGCUUAUUGACACCUGGGAGACAAGUGUCACGAAAAGCGCCACAACAGAGGGGCUCACAGUGAGGAGUUCCAGUACUGUUUGUGUGAGGGAGAAGAGAGAAGAGAGCAUACACUUACAUUUUACUGUUGUAUUGCUGCACACACACUGUGAAUUUUCUUUCUGUGUGAAGUUUAAAGGCCAGGCUUCCCAGUUCAUUGUUUUGCCAGCAACCAAUAAAUGGUUGUAUUAUCAUUAUUUAUGAUGUAUAUUUGUCAUAGCUGUUCAUAGCUGUUCACCAAUAAAUCUGGUUCUGCUUUCCCUUUAAAACGUUUUAUUUAUUUAUUUAUUUAUUUAUUUUUUGCCCCCGUUGCCAAAUGCUCUCAGAUGAUGGAUUCAUGCAUGGUCCUUCCAAAUAAUAUGCCCAAAAGGAUGGUCUAGUCGUUCUCUUUUUGGACUCUUGAAGAUUCCUGGUAAUCUUUUGCUUUGGUGCCAUGUGACUGGAAAAAAACUGUGAUUAAUAGGCUGAAUUGUUCUGGUCAUAUUUUAAGCAAAAUGCUUCAGUUGUUUUUUCCUCCUGAUUCUUCUGCUGUGAGAAAGAAUAGCUUUUCACUGCUUAUAUAACUGGAAUAUUCUGUUUAUUUUUAAAGGGACAGUUCAGUUUUUUGUGGGAUUGUAGAAAUGGGAAUAUGUAGGAGCCCCCUUGGCCUGACAGUUUUUUGUGCCUCAUCUGCAGAGGCUGUGGUCCUUGUUGCAGUAAUUGUUGGUUUGACUCCCUGCCACAAUCAUAUGCUGCAUGUCUAAACCUGUGCCCCAAUCCAGGACUUGCAGCCUUCAAGGACUUGGCUAUUGUACAGGUCACAUCCAACUGAACUGAGACAGUCUCUAUCAUAAUACUGUUCUUGCUGCUUAGCAACAGGUGGCUACCCUACUGACCAGCUAGCAAAGUUCUCUCAACAUCAUAACCAAUCAUCCUAUUUGAAAGAUCAUUUCAAAAUUCAGUGCAUCUGUCUUCUUGAGUAUUUAUACAGCAAACUACUGACUUAAAGCCAGUUACUAUUAUUGCACAGUGUAGUACUCUGAGGGUUGGGAGUCCCCUAUCUUGACUGUAUUAGUGCUCAAAGAAUCCCAGGAUACGUGGGGCUGCAAGUGAUGCACCUGAUGCAGCCUUCAUUGCUUAAGUAAAGUAGGACACAUUCGUUGGCUGCAUUUGGAGGAGCCCUUCGAUCCUGUGACGCAUUCAGUCCUCAAAGGGCUUCAGCCUCCAAUUGAAGGCUGAAGCCCCUGAAUUGAUACACAGCUCUUAUCCACUCUCUCUUUAUCCACACACAGUGUUUCCUGUUUCCUUUUCGGUUGUCGUGUCAGUAAGGCCAGAAAUGCUCAAAUGGAUAACUUUAAAAGAAAUCGAAGUAUUUGACCGUCGUUUGCAGUCAGAUGCACUCUGGCUCACCCAUCAGAGAAGUAGUGGUCACCACUGUGUCUGAUACAUGAUAAGAAUGAUCUUCCAUCUGUCAAGAGUUUACCAUCAAAAAUAACUAUCAAUACAAAUUUGAUAUUAAUAACAACACGCUUCUUUGUCAGUUUUUAGUUUCACAUGGCCACUCACUAUACACAAAAACUUGUUUGUCAGUUCUUUGCAACAGUAGAUGUAAAGAGACCACAGUUCAACAAAAACACAUAUUUUUUUCAUCCAGCUGAUUAUACGCUAAGUUAUACAUGUUCACGAAUAUUAUAAUCAAUUUCUACCAAGUCUAUUUUGCUGAAUGCAACUGAGUUAAACACACUGAAUCUGUAAUAGUAAAUGCAAAACCAUUUAGCAUGGCUAUCGUGUUGAGUGAACCAGUGCUUAAACUGUCAACCUCUGCAAGCUGGAUCAACUCUGCCACCCAGUCAAGGUUAUUACAAGAAACCCUUUUCUCAAACCCUGAUGUCAGUUUGUGCGUACACUAUAUUUAUAAGAUUUUUUUGUCAUCAGUGCAUUUGUUUUUGCACGACCUGAUGUGACACAUAAGUGUUCCCUCUUACGACGGUCUUGUAAAGCAGUUUAAGGUCAGUUAAAGGAUGACCUUUUAAUGAUAAUUUUUCGAAGCAUGAACAGUGAGAAAGGUAUCAGCCAGAGAACUCCACUUUGAUGUAUUCCAUGAUGGUUUACUGCUUUCCUGGUCAUUUUUUUUUUAUUUUUUUUGUCCGAAGGCAAAACAAUUACCAAAGAACAGUUUUUGUGAUAUUAUCACUGUCCAGAAUCAGUGCUGUGCAUCUCUUUAUAAGUUGUUCAGUGUGAGAUAUGUCUGUCUUUUUUUCAUUUGAUGAAAAUCUGUAUCCUCAUUUUCACUCAUGAGCUAACUAUCAGUGUUAUCCACGGUGAUAUCAUCUUGCUACUUGGAGGCAAAUAGACCCAGAUUAACCUGAUAUGUUCUCUCUCUCCUCUCUCUUUUCAGCCCUCUCUCUGUACAAGCCCCUGCUUCUCUCUCAUACUCUCUUUCUCUAAGCACUAAAAAGCGACGGCUCUGCCUUUUGUGCCGAGCGAGACGCUUCCUGUCGCUUGAUGCUGUGUUUGCUUUUCUGAGCCGGCUCCCAGAGAGCUGUUGUUGUCCGCUGCUGUUUUUGCAUUCUGGGCUCUCCCUCUCUUUUUGAACAAAUCCCCCUCCCCCCGACUCUUUUUCUUUUCAACUCCCACCCUGAACUGGAAUAAACCCACCUGGCCUAGAUUAGGACGUGUGUUCUCCUUAGAUCACUCGUGCAUGCACAAAAUCUCCUCUACAGCCUUCCUUGUCGGCUUUUUGUUAAAGUCUGUUUCGGUUGUCAAAGACUUGGUGGUCUGAUUACCUCUUAUCACUGCCUCUGUGUUUGCAGAUGUAUCAAACACAUACAGUCCCCUACUGCUGCAGCUGCUGAGUCAGCUAAGAGAGACAGGGAAAGUUAUGAGAGGAAUGUGAGCUGACAUGACCGCACAGGUCCGCCCUCCAGACAUAGAGACAGGCAGGCACUGAUAAAGAGGAGGCUCAUUCAUCCUGUGACACUUUCAGCCCCAUUUCAGAGCCUACAGAUAAAAUCAAGUUGCCUGAGUGUUUCCUUCAGACAUGUGAUCAAUCUUUGGAGUGAUGUAACUCUUUGCACAUUGAACCCAAGCGGUAAUUAAAAUGUUAUAUUUUCCUAAAAGAUGGUUCUAUUUGUCAUUUCAUCUUAAGUGUUGGUCAUAAGUUGCUGUAAUUGUUCCUGUGAUGAUCAAUCAAAGAUUGAUAAUGGUUUGUCAAGAAUAUAGUGAGCGUGAAUCAAAGCUCCAGUCUGAGACUUUGCAUCCUGUCGAGCUUCAGUGAGAUGAGGCAGCUGCUCCUGCAGGUCCCAUUGUGAAUAAAAAUGUUUUCCCUGAUGACUCAAGUUGGACAUCAUCAUCCUUUCUCUGUGACUUUUUACAUUUUUUGUUAAGUCAAAACCAGAGUCAAGGUACAAACUGCAAGUGUUCACUCACAGGGAUGUUUAAAUAGAGGCACAUGAUUUCAUUUAUUACUGAUGGUAAUAUAGGAUUGUGUCUCAUAAGAAAGUGUUUGUAGAUAUGCUAUGGUGAAAAUUUCAGGGACAAUACAGUAAGGUUUGAAAACACCUACUUUUCCAUUCUCAUUAUCUUUGUCUAGUGAGUGAGAAAACAAGUAUUGAAAUUUUGGACCUUGUGAUGCCAGGUCACAGGUUACAUUGUGAUGUGUGGCCUCUCAAUGUGUUUUAGUUUAACAGCCUGAAACGAGAUCCAGCAACUUGAAAGCUGAGGUUACCGGCGUUUACUAUGAAGCAGUGAAAGAUUUCUGCCGUUAUUUCCUGUCCAUUUAGGUAGUUAAUUGUAUUUACCAGGCCUUGUGUGUAAGGUUCAGUCUCUUGUUUUAUAGAUUAUAUAGAUUAAUUGAAGAAAAAAACCUACAGGGCUUAGGUCGUCAGAGCUCAGGUCAUCAGGGCCAGGUCUGCAACAGUAAACAGAUGGAAAGCAUGUCCAAUCUUUGGCAUCUCACUGGAGUUAAUGCUGUGUGUACAGACACAAAGAUGUACCCAAAGAUAGUUCAUUGUGUUAUUUAUCUCUGCUUUUUGCUUGAUGGUACAGCAGAGCUUCAGUGGGAUAUAAAAAAAUCCUCAUAAUCCACUUCCAUAAGAAAAACACCAGGUAUGAAUGUCAUACAAAAUCAGGCAUGUAUAUUAUCCUUGCUGAACACCUUGCCUUAUCAUGGUGUUCCUGCUGUUUCCUGGCCUCGCCUUCUUAAACUUCCAUGUUUAAUCUUAAAAUGCACAUUUCCUACAUUUUCAGGACACAUACCAUGAAUAUUUCAAUACAUGGUCAGGUUAAAACAUCAGCCUGCUUAUUUCCUGUACUUCACAUUAAACUGAACAUUUCCAUCAAAGGUAAUGUUGUACAAGGUGAACAAGUUCUUUGCAGGAACAUUUAUGUUGACAUUUCUGUCCUUAUUCAGCUCUCUUUCUUCUCUGGGCUGUGCAGCUAAAACACCUUAAAACACAAAUGAGGCAAAUGGCACAACUUAAAACACUGUUGCCGUUACCAUGAUCACUUCGGCUUAGGUUAGUUUGUAUCCAUCACUCAGAGAAAGUCUUAUCAGCUGUGUUCAUGUAGGACUUGCAGGACAUGAUUUUGCUCCACGUCUCCUUAUUGGCGAUGGUUGGGGUCUGGUGGCUCCUCAGGAUGCUCUCAUGUCAGUGCCAGGUAACUUUCAUUAUUUCACAUUAAGACCAGCCUGGGACAGAAACUAAUGUUUUUUCCCACAGGGUCAACAAGCGAAAGUGAAAUAUGACAGAAUUUCUUACUGAAGAUUGAUUUGAUUUGAUGUGAUUUGUAUGAUCAGGGUUUCCCCAUAGCUGCAUUUGUUUUGCUGAGCAUUAAAAUUAAUAUUUUACACUGCUACAUGAUUUGUAAGACAGCCGUUUAUUAAGUCAUGUUAAACCCCAUUUUUAUUUAUUUUUUUCAAUCAACACUUUUUAGUAGAUUUUUUAAACACAAAACUCAAUAUUUCCUUGGGUUGACAAGAUCUGUCCUGUGUUAUAAAAGGGAUUAUUUUUUUCCAGAUUGCCUUGAGAUAAAACAAACAUAUUAAUUGUAUGAAGUAAGUGUUUGUUUUUCAGAAGACUCUGUAUCAAGGGUUAUCAAGGGUUCAUUCUGUUAUCUACAGUGGCUCCACAAACACUUCAUGACCACAAAGAACAUUUUAUGUAAAGCUAAAAUGACCUUUUGCAUUUUACAAAACUAUUUUAUGGUGUGUUAUUUUUCUUAUUUCAUAAAUUUUCUUCCAUUUUGUAUUUUUUUCUUUGUAGUUUAAGUGUUUUUGUUAUUAUGAGAUAUUUGUAUGUGUUUUGCAAUGUUUUUAAAUUCAACUAAAUGUCUUAUUUUUGCUAGAUGUUUGGUUUGUUGUAUAAUAUCAAUAUACUUGAGAAAAAAAUGCAUUUGCCUAUUUUUUAAUUUAAUGUAUGUAUUUAUUUAUUUUUGGCACUUAGCAAAAUAUCAUCUGGUGAUGCAGUGGUUAUGCAGUUGACCUUCAGGGCCACCAUAGUUAGGACCCUAUGAGCAUUUCCACCUGUUCUCAGUUGGACAGGAACAAAUAACUAUAAUUCUCCUGAUUCCAGUGUGUAAAUAAAAAUAUUCAUGGGGAUGCAGUGGUGGUCUCUGCAGACACACAGAAACAUGUCAAUGGCUCUAAACUUCAUUUCUCAAACUCACAAGAGGGAUAAAAGAGGAAGACACCGGAAAUAACUUAUCUGUCCAGAGGGGAGCCUGUAACACAAAACAAUGGUCCAGAGGAAGUCUGUCUUCCGAGUUUUGCUCCUAUCACGCACUGAAUGCUCUGUACUCAGAGAAUGAGGUGGCGAUGCUCAGUGAACCACAUACACAGCACAAACACAACAAGCUGGACGUGCUGUGAUGCACGUUCUGCACCCAGAGGAGAGAUCAGAGACAGCCUCACAGGCUUAAAUAGGAUCAAGAACAAGUUCACCACAACAUCCUCUAAAGGAAACACUACCAGGCAUUAAUGGACUUUGAAAGACCCAGGACAACAUAUAAUAACAUUACACUUUAAUUGUCAUUCAGCUUCCUGUGAUUCUGUGACUUAAUGGAUUUUUUCAUGGCCUGUGCAUGUUGUCAGGGAGCUUUUAGCUUCCCUACUGAACUUGUGGGCACUCUCAGCUCAUUAUCAUUAUGUGAUAUUGACUCUGGCCGAUUUUUUUAUUAUAUGUGGUUGUCCUCAUACUUCCCUCUUUUUACCAACAGAAUAUCGAUGUGACCAACUUCAGCAGCAGCUGGAGUGACGGCUUGGCUUUCUGUGCCCUCCUGCACACGUAUCUCCCCGCCCACAUCCCAUACCAGGAACUCAUCAGUCAAGAUAAGGUAGAGGACUACAGAAAAGCAUGCACACCAACACAUCUGCACACACAGCUAGUGCAAGAACAAACAUCAUGUCAUCAUGCAAUCUUGAAUCAAUAAUUAAGACAGGCUAAACAGUAAGUGAAGGGUGAAAUCUUCAGAGUAUUUAAGGACAAAAAUCCAUGUUUUCAUUGAUGUUUUGUUUAAGGAAGGGGUAUUUAUAUCUUCAUUUAUAUCUAAGUGUGAUACAGGUUGAAUUCCUGUGUAGGAUUCUUACACUUACGUAACUUGACAGAGAGUCAGUAUUUCAGUCUUUGAGCAUAAUUCUUAAAGACUUGACAGGAGAGUCCAGUCUUUAGUCCAAAGUCACAAUUUAAAGUACUAACACAAGGAAAUGUAGCAAAGAAAGUCAACACCAGCCUUCUGAAAUACAGUCCAAACAUCUGACUUCAACAGGACUCUCGCAGGUGGCACUAGGGAUGGCCAAUCAGUCGUGCCAAUCGUGCCACCCAGGUCGCUCUCCUGAGCACACACCGUGUUGAAGGGACACACAGACAGCACAUAGUAGACAUGUAACUGUUUAAAGACAGGCUCACUGCCAUACUUGGAUUUUGUCAUCACUGUGUUAUGAUCAACACAUUCUUAUAUAGUCAUAUAUGAACAGUCCUGUCUAUUGUACCUGCAGAAUGAAAAUACACAGAUGUACUCGGUGUGACGUGUUGUGUGGACUCACAGAGACAAUCACUCUUCACACUUUCCCUCUCAAUGUUUUGUUGUGUUUGAGUUAAAACAAAGGGUGAUUUAAAGGAGGUAUUUCUCUGUCACGCCUUAAGCUUCUGUUAGAGAAUGACACAGAAACUAGAGUACAGCAUUAAUAAGUAUUAAUGAGUGAACGAUUGCAUGACUUAAAAGUGACUGACCUACAGGUUCAAGUCAUUAUGAAGUAGAAAUAUGAAAUUAUUAGCUGAAGAACUUCAGUUUAAGAGAUGAGAGCCAGAAGCUGAAUGAUAGGUUACCUCUGAAGCUGUACUGUGACAUAAUGUAUACAAGUUCAGAUAUACUUUUGGUGACACUGAGAAAUAAUCAGCUACUGGUAAAAGUCCUGUAUUAUCUUUAAAAUGAAGUCUAAGGUCUUAUAAAAGUGAAGGUUUCACACUGUAUUUGACUAAAUAUUAGGGGCCAGUAUAAUAAAGAAAUGUCUGAACAGAGUUGUUGUCACAGUCCAGCUAAAUAUAAUAUUUUGAAAUAAUCCAUUAACUAAAAAAUAAAGGACUUUCAUCAUUUGGACAUGCAGCUAAUGUUAAUCAUAACACAAACCGCUCUGCCAGCCUCGUGCCUCCAGAAAAAGCUGCACAUAAAGCCUAAAGCCAUAAGAAGUUGUUUACAGAGGCAUGAAAACUGUGAAAAUGGUCUUCUCAGUUUGAUGCAUGUUUGCCAGCAGUGAACUAAAACAUAUCUUUGAUGCUUUGGAGCCAUUUUCCAGAAGUCAUAUUUUCUAACAUUGAGCCAAAUAUCACAGUCUUCUGUAAGGAUACUUUUUAUAGCUCUGCUAUUGUUUACACGACAUUUAAUGGCAGCCUGCAGAUGAAUUACGGCUGUAAGUGAUGCGGAGCCAAAAAGCAGCAGGGACUGUAUAGCUAAGUGUUGACAGUAAUGUAAUGCGAGUAUGCAGGUGGUAUAAACAGUAACAAUAUGGUUUCUCUCUGGUACUGCGGGUCCUGAUAUUUAACUUUUGCACAGCUGAUGAACACCUUUGACAAAGUCUGACACAUCCUACCUGAGAAAUGAGUCGUGUGUUUGCACUUGUGUCAGUGUAGAUGUGCAACCCUGUUACUGAUGACAGAGAAAUUGCACAGGUCCUCACAGAAUAAUUCAAUAAACGGGUGUUAGCUAAAUAGCUCUUGCUGAGUGACGUUCCCUGAGGCCCAAACACACAGCCGCUUCCCAGUAUAACCUCUCCUUCCUAAAAACCCAUUAGAGCCCUUGUUUGUGGAGAAGUCCUUUGUUGUGGAUGUUUUUAAAAAAACAACUGAGAAGGGUGGAUUACAUUGAAGUAAAUAAGCGGCUGUUGUUAUUUUUACAGAAAUGUACAGCUGUAGAUCUAACCACCAAGAAUAUGCAGUAUGAUCUAUUAAUUCAUUUCCCUAGCUAGAGUGAUGACUUCAGGAAAGUCAGGUGGAGUUGACUCUUCAAUAAAAAGUUUGAAUUUCAGGGUGAACCAGGGAAAUGGUCCAAUUCAGAAGUUACAGAAAAAGCAAAAUGCCUUUGAGGGAUUUGUUCUCCCCUCGAAAACCAUAAAUAAAUUCUCCUAAUUUCAUAUCAGAGUUUAUCAAAAUAAGUGACACUGUCAUUUUAAAAAGGCUUAAUUUUGCCAACUAGCACCUGCAGAUUAGGCAACGUUAAGGUGAUUAUUAACUUUUGAAGUUGUGAAAAUCUAACUGAUAGAGGAUAUAUCGUGCUUCAGGUGGAAAAUCUAAGUCUCUGCCAACAGCUUGUCGUAAAAUGUUAUAUUGAAUUGCAUGUGUGUUUUGGUUGUUCAAGUUGUCUUGAUAGUUAAUCUGAUUUGCGUGCAAAGGUACAAUUAUUAGUAGAUCAUUACAUGAUCAUGAUUGUCACUGUUAUAGAAUGAUUUUUUUAAUAGAUGCCUUAUUCCCCUCGGGCUGUUUGCAUGUUUGGACACACCUGCCAUAACAGUUUUUAUCAGUCUGGAGUUACGCAGAUCUAUAUUUAUAAAGCAAACACCUGACACAGACCAGUUCACUGCAACAUUGACAUCAAUUUUAAUCACAUUGAACCAGCAUGAUCAUGAUAAGCAUAUAUCCACUCUCCAUCUCAGUGAAGGCCUCUAUCUUCACUUAUAAGAACAAAGUGUAUUUCACUCCUUGUGAAUGUUUCUCUUCCUCUCUGUGGAUAUGUGACUAUAAGAAACUCUAUAUUAGGAGAAUUGGGUUAAAUCUACAGGGAUUCAGCUCAUAACAGUCAAUAAGUCUUCCAGACAGAGAUUAAAUCCAGUACAUUAAACAAAUAAACACAAGAGAUAACAUACCACACUCAGAUACUCGCAAAGUCUUUCACACGUUCCAGCUGUCCCCUGGGUGUUUGUCAGGGACCGUCACAGUCUCACAGCGUUUAACGUUUUGUUUUUCUUCAGGUCCGAAAUCUGACCUUGGCUUUCCAGGCGGCUGAGAGCGUUGGCAUUAAACCCUCUCUGGUGAGUUGGACUGUCACAGACAUAUCUGCGCGCACUUGAACACACACACACACACACAAAGAUGACACAGGGAGACCCCCUGAUCAGAGGAAUUAGAAACGAUAACUUUCUUUUUUUCAGGCAGUGAAAUUCAAUUACAGAGACGUCUUACAGCUUUUUAUGGGACUAUUUUGUCCUGGUGGUGCAUAACUGCGUCCCAUCAUUUAGUGGGUACUUUUUGUUAGACCAGAUUUAGUGAGCUGCCUUGAGCUGUGGGCUGUAAAUCAAGAGAAAAACUCACUGUAUAAAUAAUUCAGAUCUAAUAGGACUUUGAUAAGCUGAGUUAUUUGGUUAAAACAUGUGCAGUUCUCUUUAGGAAUUGGUGCCAAGGACCCAACUGCUCCACUGAAAUAUUGAGACUUCAUGAGCACUUUCAGAUAUUUUCAGCAUUAUAAUUAAAGGUCUAAAAGGAGCCUAACAGCUCCUAAAUAAUUCCAGGUUGGCCUUACUUGCUUUAAAAAAGGGGCAGCUGUGGCUCAGUGGUAGAGUCGGUCAUCUCCCAAUUUUAAGGUUUUAAGGUGCCAAUGUGCCCUCGGGUUACUUUGACCCCACCUGCCCCCACUGGUUGGGUCCAGUGGUGUGUGAAUGGAAUUAGUCAAAGCAUGAUGGCACUUAGCAGCCUCUUAAUCAGUGUGUGAAUGUGGCGUGAAUGGAUGAAAGUGACAUGUGAUGGAAGAGCGCUUUGAGUGGUCAGAGGACUUUGAGAAAGUCCUUCAUAAAUAUAGUCGAUUUACCAUUUAAGAGGGAUUCUCCAUUAGGGUUAGAGCUAAGGCUGCUAAAAACAUGGUUUCAAAUAAAAUGACAAACUUUUCUUUACCAUCGAAAAAUCAUCAAUUCAGUAAAAAAUUAACCAAAGUUAACAAGAUUUGAGUCAGAGUUUUUAUAAAAGCUGACAAAUCUCUCAGGGUCCAUAAAGGGUUUUUAUAGUAAAGUGCAAAAGUUUGAUGUGAUCUUUAGGGUUAAACGGUCAUUUUAGUGUGGCUUUAAAUGUCACAAAACUGUCAGAUUGACUCUUGUGUCUUUUGUAAAACUCUGCAUUUCUGCUCACAAAUAACUGCCAGUGAGAAAAGAGCCCAAACAUUUACAUGCUGGCUGGUUCACGUGAAUUGUGACCACCCAUUUCCAAGGAAAAACAUUUUAUUCUUAGAUUUCCUUUUUUUUUUUUUUUUUGGGAAACUUGCGGUCGUAUGGAUUAUUUUAAGUAUCUGAGAUCUGCCUGCAGGGUGUAUAAGACAUGACGGAGGUUAUAACAAUAUGAUCUCACUUCCUCCCUGUCCCACGUCUGUGCAUGACGUCUCGCCUUUGUUAGUCUGUUCACUGCUGAUGACAGCUGUAGGUUUAGGGAAUAGAGCGUGGUCGAUUAUUGUACUUUCAUUAACGUCACACAAAAAUAACUGCUCGGAUUUGACUUGACCAAAUAAACAAAUGAGUCCAGAGCCAGCUGGAACAUGAGCCACAAAAAAGCACCAGGCCUCAUUAUUUCACUGAGUUCAAAGUUCACAUUUCUUUGUGGUAUUCAUCUUCAUUCUUGUGGCCACAAAAUUGCAUCCUGCAAACUUGUUCCCAUGUCGGUGAAGCUACAAAGAAAUAAAUAGCUGUCACUUCCAGGAUCCGCUGAGGGAAUUUCAUUGCAUGUUUUUAAAUCUCCCUCUGCUGCAUGAACAACAUAUUCACCCCCAGGACAGACAGAAGCUCAUCAUCCCCCUUGUAGACACCAUGGUGGUGAUUGUACUACAGUGUGUGUUUAAUGCUGAGCUAAAGAGAGCUUCUGUGACGUGAGCUCGCUGUGGAGUCAUGUGAAAUCCUGGUUCACCAUCUGACUCACCAUCAACAGGCAGAGUUUGUCUCUGAGCAGCAGCAUACAGCUUCACAUCUCUAAUGUGAGUUUACACUGGCUGAGAGGUUCACUGUCGUCAAUGUGUUUUUAAAAAUGAUGAUGUGGCACCCGAAUGCUAUUUUUGGAAUUUUUUUUAUCUCCGUUUCUGAGACCUAGGAAACACUGAGUUUGGAUUUCACUCUUCAGGCAGUUUUCUUUGACUAAACUGUUGAAUAUGAACUCUCACUAGACAGCACUGGAGUAACGAGUUCAUUUAACAAACAUGUUCAUUUCUGUGGACCUAAAAUCCCUGUCAGAUGUUUUGCCUAAGCUGUAGUGCAGUUGCCAGUCACAGGACCACAAUGCCAUCAUGCUCUUCUAUCCAGAUGUGAACAGGCACAGAUGUUUGACAGUGUUUUACAGUUUUAUUUGGGUGGACUUUGUUUUAGGAAAUUGAGUUAAAGUUGUUUGUCUGUUGUGUCUGGUUAAACUGACCCAAAUUAAAUGAAACACUGGACAGGAGAAAUGAGAAUCCAUCACAGGUACGUGGAUGUGAACCUGGAGGCUGGUGGUGCUAGCUCUGCUAACAUUAGCCACAGUCUGUAAACUAAUUUGACAUCAUUCAGACUCUACGAUCUUGUGUUUAACCACAUUAGUUAGUCAGUUUGUCGUGCUCAAUGUAACUGUUUUCUGAGUGUUUUCUUACUGUUAGACUAGUCUAUUGGUCUGAGUUUAAGUUUCUGUUUUGACAAAAUGAAUCGUUCCCACUUCUGAGAAUGUAACAGAUAGAAACCAGUGAAUACAAUUUUUACCAUAGCAACAUAACUUCUGCAAAAAAUCCCUUUUUUUUUGUGGUCUUACUAUGAAUAAUGUACAGUGCAGUCAUUUUCAUCAGAAGUCUCGGGGCAAAGGAAAUUUAAUAUAAAGGGGUUAGAAAUUACAGACAAAAGUUUAAGAUGUUAGAAGAUGUUUAAGAUGUAAAUGGCAGAAGGUGACUCACGUGCCAAAUCCUCUGCCAAAACUCAGUCAGUUAAUGAUCAUAACUGACUGAGUAAACAGAGAGGCUGUUCUUUUAAAUAUCUCUACCUUUCAUAUAAAUGUUUGCAAAAGUCUUUAUCCAGAGGGACUUAAUCCUAAAGCUGCUACCACUCGUGAUUGCACUUCUGUGAUCACAUCCAGGCCUGUCUUUGCAGAUCACUUCAGAUAUUUACUGUAGUAAUCAGAUAGUCAAACACUAUUUGUUCAGUGUUGACAAAACUAGAGGAUGCUGCAUUCGAGCUGUGCUCUGUUUACUCAUUAGCCUGAUGGGGGUGCUGUUUAUAAAGCAGAAAAUGAAUCCAAACUCAGGAAUACCAAAACUCCCACACAUACCUUAUAAAUCUUUUUCUCCUCCAAACAGGACAUGGAGGAGCUGAUGAAGACCGACAGGCCGGACUGGCAGAGUGUCAUGCAGUACGUCUCCCAGAUAUACAAGUACUUUGAAACCUGACUGGAGGGGUAAGAGGAGCUGGGGACUGAUGGAUAGGAGGCACCGCAGUGUUUUCUGGGUACAACAAGAGCAAUAGAUACACCUUCCAGAUGAACUGAGGGCUGCCACCUUAAAUCCUCUCCUGCUCACUGCUGGACAAAAGAAACACGAUUGAGGAUUUCUCUGUUUUUGAAGAAUUGAAAUCAGUCAGCUCUGCAGAGAGGAGACACAUCGAACACGUGCCAAAUCCUCUGCCAAAACACAGCUAAUUUGAGACUGUCUAUGCAUGGUUAAAGUGUAACCUUCUGUGUGAGUGCGCUGCGUGACGUCUCCUUUCACUGAACAACACGCAGUCAUGAGUGAAUCUGUGUGAACCCGACUUUCUAAAAAUUUCUUUCGCGUUUGCUGAAAAGAAUCAGUCAAUCGACAACAGACUGUUUAAUCAGAGUGUGAUUGUUGACAAGCUGGAGUUUCACUCUACGGAGCUGAAACUAUUUUGAGUUGACAGAUUUUUUCCACCUCUGACUUUGCACGUCCUUAAAAAACGGAGAUAUCAAAUCUGUCAUCUGUGAUGCAAUACUAAAAUAAUUUAACACUAAAAGAGUUGCUGAAUAGUUUUGUAGGUAUAUUUUUAAUGAAAACUGAUCUCUGUGUCUGUGCCGUUUACAGCUGGAAGGACCGGCUGAAUCAAACCAUUGUUUCGUGCACCCUUGUCACUUUUUAAUGUUUUCCAACACAGCUCUCAUCUACUUUGGCCCUGCAGCUGCUUUGCAAUUUAAAGAUCAGUGUAUUUGGCAUGCCAAGUUCAGCGAUGAUAGAGAGGAUGACUUUCACAUGUAACAGCUGAAGGAAAGAACACUUUCUUUGUUGUAUGAUUUGAACAGAUUUGCAGAUGCACUUAUGUUUCAGAGAAUUUAAAUUGUAAUUUAUUUAUUUAGAGGAAAUGCAUCCUGAAAAGUGAGAGUGUGGAUGAAAACGUUUGCAGUUUUAUAGUUGAAAAUGUCAGAUUUGAAGGUCUGCUGGAGGAAUAUUGCUAAAUAAAGGAUUUGCGAGUUUUAUAAUCAA